AGUGAGCCAAUGCGUUCAGAAAAAAAAAAGCCUUGCGCAUCUUUUCUGUGCACACUCUCAUCCAGGCUCAUCUCUGAGCCAGGGGAGUCUUUAUUUUGUGAACCACUCAGGGGGGUGUGAAGGCUGCAGGCCUAAAUGACCUUUAGGAUUUUGCCAAGCGCACUUGCCGACACUCCCUUACAUUCUGCUGAGAGUCAUCAAUUAUGCAGGGAAACUGCUCGCACUGAGGGGGAAGAUAGCAGCAACAAUAUGGCGACAACCGCAGUUUCUCCCCAAUCUUUUUCACAUCUGCAGUCCUACUACGGCUUCCCGGAUUCAUUGUAACGCUGACAAAGUGAGUAUCCUUUAUUUUUAAUCGCUUGAGAGGUCGAUACGGCUGUUGUUAGGUUGAGGUGGAUUGUCUCUCCGUCGGUAUCCUUGCGUAAAUGUCGCAGAGCUGCACACUGCCCCGCGUCUUUUUUUUGGAGCGGAUGGAAGAGGGUGUCUGCGUUUACUGGGUAUCUUUCGGCAGAAGGAGAGCGGGGAAAAUCAAGAAAUGAUCAAUCAAUUGUCGUCGAUAGGAAGGUAUUUAUCGGAUUAGGCCCAUUUCUUAAUCAAGCAUUGUUUCGAUCCUUCGCGAGAGAAAAUGCCCCGUUUGGGGUAGGCAUCAGGAAGGGCGCAGUCUCACCGUGUCCGCCCAAAAAGGAAGGAUUUAGGAUUUUCCCUAAAUUUUGGGCGUUAUUUUGGUUUUAUACACCCUACAGACAGAGGGAUGAUUCACUGAAAACACCAUGAGUCUUCGGAAAGGAGGCUGAUGCUAUGUAAGUAGCCCGAUCCCCCUUCCAUCAUCAAUAACCACGAAAUUUACACCCCUAGCUGAUUUUUUUUUUGGCGUGGCAGUAUCAUCAUCGCUGUCUUCUUGUCGUUUUGUUUGUCUCCGCUCGUCUUGUGUGCAGAUUUUGUGUUUAUGUCACACCGCUGAGCAGCUUCGGUCGUUCUCGGGGUUUCUUCAUGCACAGAUAGAGCCCUUAUUGAUUUGGCAGUCGACAUGGCUUCACGGGUGUGGUGCAGAUCAUUCAAGGCAACGCGCAAAAACGCACAAAUAUCUCGGAUUAAAGAUAGAUUUUGACACAUUCUUCGCUGAAUAACAAGAAGCAACAUCUUGUUGUUAUUCCUUUCGAUAGAUCGACCUCUCUCCUGUGACUUUGACAUUUCUACGAUAGCGUUUGCUACAGCGUGACAUUUUCUCCAUACAAACCACCCACUGCACCAAUGGUACCUUAGCCAAUUUAGUGGUAGCGGGCCACUUCUUUGCGCAGUAUAACCUCCUGCUUCUCCCCCACUGUGAUCGUGCUGGACUUUAUUAUUUUUAAUCUUGUAUAUAGAGGGGGGCAAAGACGCACAUAAUGGCGUCUGCAGGCCCUCCUUCUCAAUUAACAGCUUUGGUAAACAAGUUUCCAAUACUCGCCCUGAUUUUGGAGACGAGAAAACGACUGUGCAGAUGCCAAAAUGUGCCAGGGCUUUCUAUCAGGAUAUGAUUGUAUAAACAAGCCUGGAUGCAAGCUGGAGACUUGGACACAGGUAGACCGGUGCUGUCACCGUGACUUGAUAACACUAAAGGAGGACUAGAGGAUGAACUGUGGGCCUACAGGCGUCGAGAAAGAGAGAAGGCCCGGUUUACAUGCACAGACAGAUCGGUGAUGAUAUGUUCUUUUAUCAUCUCUGCAUGCUUUCGGUCGUGCAUAUGUAUGUGCAUGUGUAUAUGUCUACGUGUGUGCGCGCUCGUGUGGUGCUGAAGCGGACAGCGCCAGCAGAGUAGCAGAAGGCUCAGUGACUGCGAGGUUCCGGGGUCCAUUUUAAAACAGACGUCUUGGCUCACAGGCUGCAUGUUUUCAUGUGUGUGUGUUUAAAUAGCGUUUGCUCUGUAACAUCAGCCCAUGCAAGAGAAGAAGGGGGAAGGGACAAGCGUUGUGAUUCAGAUACACUUGAUUGAAGUCCAAUUCCGCUGCUUCCUCCUCUUCAGGAUUAAAACAGAGCUACAUGUUGAAAAGGAUCCACAAAAUCAAAGAACUCCAGCCAUACAUCCAUAGAGUUAUAUCUCCUAUCAGAUGUGUCUAUGUUCUGGUAAACUCCCCUGUCUUCCAGCUCUAUCUUUCAUCAGUGUAAUGACCCUGAAGUGUCCUGAACAGUUGUCAUGUAACCAUCAUGCCCUCCUUACAUCUAACAUCAUCCAGAGAAGGUUCUUCUGAGUUCUAGAGCCAUUAGGUGUGCCUGGCUGUCUGUUCACCUCCCACCAGCUGUUCAAAAAAUCAUAAGACAUAAAAACCCAAAUGGGUCUGCUGUCAUGUCAGAGAUUUGGAUGCAAGAUCUAGAGAGUAAGAGGAAAUAUUGGCUUGCAUACUUUUUUACAAAGUACAGAAGUCGGCAUUAGUAGAAAUACAAAAGACAAAAUAUUGGUCUGUAUGAAGACAUUGAAAGGUAAUGAGAUUUAUGACAAAAUAAGUAUAGUCAAAAAGGACAAAAUUACAACAAGAGAAUAGAAAUGACUGCAUUAUAAUAUGUAAACAAUGUAAAGUCAUAUCACUGUAAACUGAAAAUAAGUGGAGUAUUGUUAAGUUAUUUCAUCAAUGGUUUGUGACAUCAACCUUUGCCAGUAUUAAGCAGAGUCGUUUGUCAUAUCAAUCUAAGGGAUCUGGGCUUCCUUAUAAUUCAUGGCCAAUAUAAUCAGGUUAAUACUGACCUCUCACUAAUUUACUGAUGUCAUUGUAUACAUUUGAGGAUACAAUUGAUGUAAGGUUUUGUAAUUUGGAAAUCACUGAUUGUGUUAAUUUACAAACUAAGGUCAGACUUGAGUUGCCCAGAUGUGCUCCACAACUCAAAGUACACAUCUAGGACCCCAUAUUGAUAAUAAUGGUGUUUUUCCUAUCCACAAUGGGUUUCAGUAUUAACCCUCUUGUAUUGUCAGGAAACAGUAUUGUAUUUUUGAAAUGAUAAACCAUCAGGUAUUAGCUGUCUGAAUUAUAUGAAUAAGCGACAUACAGAAGACUUUUAAGGAUAACAAGAUUUUAUUUAUCCCAGAACGGAAAUUCAGUGUGAUAAACUUUAGUCUCGAUAUAUCAAAUGUAUUGUACAAAAACUGUAUUAUACACUCUAAUUAAAGUUCAUUUUCCACUUAAGUAUAAUCCUAAACCUUACUAAGCCGUUAGAAUAAAUCAGCUGUCAGUGUUAUUUUAGGUGACCACUUCAGAAAAAUCUGUAAUAUUUCUAUUUACUCACUUAAGACAGAGACGAGGGAGUAAGAGAGAGAGAAGAAAAGAGAGGUUUAUUUUGAAGGACACAAAUUUACCAUCCAAACAUUUUUAUUGUAGCUUCAGGCUGUUAUCUGCUGAUCUUAUUUUAUUUGAUUUUUUUUCUCAAAAUCUGUUCUGAAAUUAUAUAUGUACAUAAAGUAAACGUUGCAGAGGGUAAGCGGUAAAAAAACAAAAACAGUCAUUUGUAAAGGGAAAUAGGAUGUGUUGAGGAAGCAGCGACUUCAUCUAUCUGAUCAUAUUUACAGAUGCUGAUUUCAUUUUCCAUUCUCCAAACCAUUUUCUGUCAACAUAACAAAAUCUGUAAAUAAGAAUGUGUUUACAUGAUAGAUACAAGCAUCCUGGCGCAAAUCAUCCCGCCGUUGCUUAAGUCACCUCUCCCAAACCUCUUCGUAUACAGGCUAAAAGAGUUUUCUAAACAUGCCAGGUUAGUGGUCUAGGAUAGAAAUAUUGUAGGAGUUGGGUUGACUGAACUCUUUCUGUGUGCCCCUCUUGCAGAACGACUACAGUGGAUGGUACAAACUAAAGACCAAGUAGCUGCAGGAUGAAAACAUGGCUGCACCCCUUCUUGCACCGCCAGGACCUGAUAGCUUCAAGAAGUUUACCCCAGAAUCUUUGGCGGCCCUUGAGCAACGCGUCAAUGAGGAGAAAAACAAGAAGCCGCCCAAGCAGGACAGCAGCUACCGUGAUGACGAUGACGAGAACAAACCCAAGCCCAACAGUGACCUGGAGGCUGGGAAGAGUCUGCCCUACAUCUAUGGGGACAUCCCUAAGGGAAUGGUGGCGGUACCACUGGAGGACCUGGACCCAUACUACGUGAACUCUCAGAAGGUGAGUUCACAGAAACACACAAACACACACACACAAACAUAUGUGUGGCAAUAUUGUCAACGAACAUUUAUUGGAACUGUUUAAAACUACUCCUGAUCGGGGCUGCUAUUGAACAUCUGUAUUUUCUGAUACCAUCCAAAAUGUUUCCAGUUAUCCUGAAGAUCAUCAAAAUUUGGUAAAAAUAUUUGCUCAGAUCAAAUUGAACAGCCACAGAUGAAAUUUAGUUUCCUUUGGUGCUUUUGUUGCAGACUCUCAAACAGUAUUCAGCUCAUUUUAUAAAUGGUGUUUGUCCCUUUACCUCAGGUGUCUUAAAUCUCAAUCCAUGCCUUCAUGUUGUGUCUAAUAUUGCACCUUCAUUGAUAGAUACAAGUGAAAAUGUGACAUGAUUGCGUCAUAUCAGAACCAAUUUCUUAUGCCUGACAUGUUUGUCUCUUUUAGUCGGUUUAACCAGAAUUCUCUGGGAUUUCUUUUGCAGUAAUCAACAACACAACCCGACUUUUCUGUUUGUUUGUUUCAUUUCAUAUAGUUGUAUUUGAAGCUGUGGUAACAAGUACUUUUGACCCCCACCCACUAUAAUUGAGCAGCGUACACACCCCUUUUGCUGUUAAAGCACGCAGGCUGGUAUUCUUGGACAUUGGCUGAGUCCGAACAUACGUCCUGUGAUAGUCAGAUGAUGAGUAGCCUCAUGAUGUCAAAGUGAGUCAUCCAUGAUGGCAGGAGCUGACGCAGACAAAGGAGAGACGACAUGUGCUUUGAGACGCUUGGCUUCCAGGUGUGCCGUGUUUACAGUUAUUGUAUUUUCAUGAUUACAUUAGAGGCUGUAAUCAUGUUCCCCUUUUUGAAAACCUUUAGGGAGUGUAAGAGUCAAGCCGGUGAGCUGUUGAGUACAGUGUUUUCUUAUCUCUGAUGGGCUCACUGGGCUUUGGGGAAAAGGUCAGAGUAAGUUACCAUUGAAAGACUGUUGUUCCACAUGACAGACUUUCUUAAUUGUUUAAGAAAUAAUCUUUGACAGAAGAGAAAGCAGCAGCAGCAGCAGCAGCAGCAGCAGCUCAGGGGGACUCUGGAUGUCUUAUUGGAGACAUUUGUCUCUCUGGGGUUUCUGUCACGCCUGUCUUGCUGUUUAAGGACAGCCAGGUGACCUUGAGAGUGUCUGAAUAUCACCUGUCAACUAAAACUGUGAAAGGUGGCUGUUUAUAUUUUUGAUGACUGUCUAGCUCUCGUUGGAUUGAUCAGCCUCUGUCCAAAAUGACAAAGGUGAAAUGAGGACUCAGGAAAUCUAUAAACUAGCUAAAGCCCUUUGAAAGAAUCUGGUGCAUAUAUAAAAUAUGAUCCUCCUGUAUUCUGAGAUUAUUUCACAGUGUGAGACUGGCUCUUACUUAAAAAAGAAGCAUAAAUAUUCAUCGUAGUUCGACUGUCUUUACCUCCAGAAUUGAUCAAGGGUGCUCUGAGGUUAGUGUAAUACUGAUGUGUUUUUAAACAGAGUGGAGCAGAAAGACUAAAAUCUUCCAUCAUGUCAUAUUUUGCCUUUUUUCUAAAAUAAUUAUGUAACAAAAUUGGCAGUUUAAUCCAAAAUGGUCUCCUCUGAUCACAUUUAUAUCAAGUACUGCUGAACAUUUGACUACCUUGUUGUAUAAUUCAGUGCAAGUCAACAUCAUAUGCGAGUCCCACCUGAAAACAGGCCUGUUAUAAACGCUUUAGUCAUCGUCAUUAGAUGAACAGAUUUAUUCCGAUAUUUUGAGCGGAGAUAUCUCUCUUUCUCCGGCUGUCUCUGUCUCAUACCUCCCUGUCUUUACACCGUGCACGCCGUCUGUUAUGUAACCGUCAGUCCAGUGCACAAGUAGGAGACACGAUUCAGAUGACACGUGGAAAACAUUUCCAGCAAUACGUGGGUCUGUUGAUAAACUGACUCAAACUCUCACUUUCUUUUUUGUCACACACAUCCAUGCAUUACAGCUACAGAUGCAUGCGAGUUGUGGGAAAGUGUUUGUGUUUCUCUUGUUUGGUUUUUCAUCUCCCAGCAGUCUCAGCUUCAGGCAAAUAAAAUUACAGCCUUCGAUCUAGUCUUGUUCCAGUGCCAAAGGGAGUCGAUGCUGCUUCGGAUCUGGCAGCUUGAGCAGCCGUGACGUCAGAUCAGGUGGUGACCUUGAUAGAAGAACGUUGCUCUGUAUGUCUUUGUCACAGAGGCGGCGGGUUGGCUCUGGGUACAUUUCUCACAGGGACUUGGGGGUGGGCGGUGAAGAAUAACUGUAAAGGAAAGCUGUUCAUCUUCCCCAUCACAAAUCUUCAGCUGUGGCUCCGUCAAACAGUGUCACAGCAGAAGCAGCAGCAGGCCUGGUGAUGACGCAGCAUCCAGCCGGCGGCCAGAGCAUUAUAGUGCCACCAUGAGCCGGGCCAGGCCACGUCAAGCUCAGUACAAGGCCAGUGAAACAGAUCAUUUUCAAGGAGAGGGGAAAGAGAGAGAGAGAGAGGGAGGGGAGAGGGAGGGAGAGGGAGGGAGGGAGGGAGAAAGCCAGGACAGGGAGGAAAUGGACCAGGGUGUGCAAAGAUGUGCACACACUGGUUCUUCUUCAUGACGCUGGCAGGCUCACAGAGAUGGUUUUAGCUAGGAAAGACCUACAGCUCCCUAACAUGCUAAAUUUUGACCAGAAAUAAGAAACAGCCACAUAAGUAUAUAAUGUUAUUGAGUCAAAGUCAGCCUGAUCUGUGCAGUAAUGGGUUUUCCUAUAUGUGUAACAGGGAAUAGCUAAUCCGUCCAUUUUUGUACUGAUUAAACACUCUUUUGGAAAACAGUGAUAUUAUCUCAAAAGUAAUUGAUGGGUUUCAAAGGACCCCGAUACAAAGUAAAUAAAAUCUCAUAAAAGCAGGAUUUAUAGACCACAUUUCAAAAUUGUGUCUUGCGUGUCAUGUUGCAUAUUCAUGAUAUCACUUAUUUCCCUGACAAAGCCAAAAGCCUACAUUGAAGGACACAAUCAGAUUUUUUAGGGUGAGGAAUGGCCUUAAGGCGGGGCGAGGAAAUUAUGUGCAGGUUAGUAACUAACAUGCCAGCAGAGCCUCUGAGGCCCUCUGGCAAGAGGACCCAUAAAUCGCAGUCCACUUACCAUUUACCACAUGGGAUGAAAGAAGGGGGCUCUUUGAAUUGCUGCUGCAGCCCUUCGGAGACUGAUGCUGCAGCCUUGCCUGAUGGCUGAGGCUUCUAUGUGGAAGCAGCUCGCUCGCUCCUUCUCUGUCUCCCGCCCAUCCCCCCCCUCCCGUUGCCUUUCCAGCUUCUGCUCAGCUCCCUCGCUUUGGCUCCCUCUGCCCUGCUUCUUCUCAGCCUGCUGCUGCCACAGUUGCUGCCUGCCUGCCUGUUUUACUCGCUCGUCAUCUCCCCCGUUUUCUGCCUGUCCUCUCCUCUGCUAUCCACGUUGCUCAGUUCUGGAUUAUGAAAUUUUCAGUAGCUUUGCAGCAGUUUAGUCAAGCGUUACAAAAAAGACUCCCAUCGUAUAUAGCAGGUCUGUGUGUGUGUGUGUGUGGUUCACAACCCUGGUUUGCUCCUGUCUUAACUUUGUGCAUGCAUGUUUGUGUGCAUUUACAGAAUGUGCCUGUCCUUUCCUCUAUACGUAUCAGUGUGUACAUGUCACGCUACUGACAGCUAGCAUGUGUCUGUAUGUGCCAUUAUGGCUGACCAUAGUGCUCACUAGGAAUGCUUAAUGUUUACAUGUGAGAGUGAGGGGCUGCUGCUCUGACCCAUUACAGAAACUAGAGAAGGAGACCAUCAGUUCAUGUCGAGCUAAUCUGGUUUGUUCUGAGUCGUCUAUAGAUAUCAGUCAAAUUAGCACCAGGAGCGCUGAUGAUAGAAAUGUGUCUUAUCCUCGGGGCAGAUUAGCUCUUUGUUUCAUUUCCAUAUUUCCACCUACGAUUGUUGAGCUCCUUGUUCACAACAACAUUUUAAAUGUGUAGCUCAUAUCUUUUGGGAUUGUGUAGACUUUAAGCAGUCAUGUAACACCCUAAUGAGAUCUCUUACUGUACAUGCCCCCUCCCAAACUUCCUCCUUCUCCCGUUUGACUCCACUGCGUCCGGCCUUCAGCGGUUCUGCAGGGCUUAAUGUUGUGAGGGAUGCCUUGUUAAAAGCACGAGGGCUCAUAUCACUCUUGCAAAUGCACAGUCUCAUUAAAAUUUCAUGCAAAUCGCCAUAUUUUAUUUAAACAAUUAUGAGGUUAUCCACAGAAAGAGGCUUGUCUGCCCCUCUCAGCUUGGCUCGCUUCCUUCAGUUUUAACCACCAAAGCCAUGAAGUGCAGGAUGGCACUGAGUGACUGGGACAAAACACCGACAUCAGCAGCCAUUUGAACUCUGCUUCAAUGUGUUUUAGUUUGUUUUAUUUCCCAAAGAAAACGCACAAUUUACAACUUAAAAAUCACUAUGUGUGAGAUAAAUGUACAGUAAUUUGAACGCUGACAACAUACUUCAAAUACUUGAAAUAGGACGACAUGUUGGUUUUUUAAAUUGUUUUUUUGUAAUGUAAUUUUUGUAAUGAAUAAUCUUUAUACUGUUUGCUAAGCUUUUUGUCAGACUGUCAAUUGACUAAUUCUCUUUUUCUGUCUUUUUUUUCUCUCUCUCUCUCCACAGACAUUUAUAGUGCUAAAUAAAGGGAAGACAAUCUUCCGUUUUAGUGCCAAUCCUGCCUUGUACUUCAUAAGUCCUUUCAAUUUGGUUAGGCGAAUAGCUAUUAAAAUUUUGAUACAUUCAUAUCCUUUCAAAUGGUCUCUUAACAGCUGAGACAAAAGGGUUUCCUGUUCAUGUAUAUUAUUCAUGAUGAUUUGUUCUGUCUUUCUGCUCAUGCUGUUAUUGAUGUUUCCUGUGACUCCUGCUACAGGAGAGACAGAUAUAGAUGGGUCUGUUAUGGUCAGAGUCUGGAGAUGGUAACCAAUAGCAUGUUUCAUGAAAUGUCAUUUUAUAGGAAAGAAUAAUGAACAAGAACACAGUAGAUCUCCUAAAUGAUAGUUUUCACACAUUUAUGCAGGUCUGAAUCUCUCUUACAAUGGAGGGCCCAGGUGGCACCUCAACAAUAUUUCCGCUGUGCAUAAAUCAUGAAGAUUACACAGUAUUAAACCUGAUCAUCAGUAGAUACCUACUGAGCAACAGACAGCUAUUAGAAGUCUAUUUUUUUUAGAUAUAAUUUCAACCUUCUAGAUUCUGUAUACUUUUAGACGGAAUUUAGACGUUGCACUUUAACCCAUUAUUUGAUAGCUAUUUAUUUAAAAAAGCAACUGAGUUGCAUAACUGAUCUCCACAUACUUAACCAAAACAAUUACAAUAGCCUCUGAGCAAUAUACAGUAUAGUAUAGAUAUAGCCUAGAUUUAGACUUGGUUUAAACUUGGUCUAAAUUUAGACAUCUAAAAAACUUUCAUUUUUAGACCUGUGGUAGCCUGAUUUUAGACCAGUCAUCUAGGCUACAUUAAGAUGUCUAUUAGACCUCUUUUAGACCAAAAAAAUGCUCAUCGGGAACUGAAACCCAUUAGGCAACUACCUACCAGCCCCAGUCAGGCCACCCUUAGAAAGAACAGACGUUUAAAAGAGCGUUAGUUUAAAAGAGAUAUAACUAACAAUAAUACUUUUAAUUUACACAUACAUGUGUAUUCUACUUCCUUCAUUGGACAUUUUGUUUACAUUACCUGUAAUGCAAUUGGAAAUCCAUCAUUUAAGUCAGAAGUUGACUCAAUGACUCAAUACCCUCAUAUCGUCCAAAAUUUGGUAUUUCUAGGAGAAAUUUUGCUAAUCUAAUUGUCCAUCUAACUACAUAUUAAAUUGACAAACUGUAUUUACCCAUGCAAUGCCAUUAUCUUUAAUGGUAAAGUGUCUCUCUUAAUUUUAACUGGAAUAGGUCUACAUUUUUUAAAUAAGACAAAUUUGUGAUGAGGAUAUUCCCAUUCUCCAAUUGCCUCUGUAAUAACACUAAACCCCUUUUUACUCUGAAGAGUAUUGAUUAUUGCACCGCUCUUUUGUUUAUUUCAUUUUCCCUCAUUCAGAGCCACAACCCACAGCUAUUACUGACCUCUGUCUGCUUUUAAAGCUGAUCCUGAGGUUUUCUUUGUUCCCUCUCAGCAUAGACCUCUCUGCACUAAAGGCCUCGCUGCAUAAAAAAACAUGCUUUUGUUUUAGUCUUGCCUUUGUAUUCCCACUAAAUAUAUACCAUUUAAAUAUUUCAUUGGUAAAAUAAUGGCCUUUGUGGUAGCGAGCACACAUAACCCCUUUUCAAGUGCUAUAAGUAGCUUUUAUAGCAUUUAACUCCUAACAUGUUGAGGGCUGUUUAGGCUGAGUGGACCGCAGAAACCACUUCAGAUGUAUACCUAAGUAACUCUCAUUGGUUUUAUAGCUGUGUUUUACAUUUCUGAUGAGCUAUGAUUUGUUUCUCAGUGUAAUCCAUAUUUUCCUUAACCUGCUCCUCACUCUUUUCAGCAUGAUCAUUAUGUGUACUAUUUUGACCAACUGUAUAUUCAUGACCUUUAGUGAUCCCCCUGAGUGGUCAAAACAAGUAGAGUAAGUACAUUUUCAAAUAUUAAUGCAUGCUUACUGCAACUGUCCCAGUUUGUGCCUAUGUUAUUCUGUAUCACAGGAAUGCAAAGCUAGCUUAGUGCAUGUUUUAGCACUAAAUAAAGAGGCAAGUACCAGGGAUAGGUAACUGCUAACUCUUACAUUAACAUGAUUUUAGUUAAAAUUCAUAAAUCCUGUGUCCUUCACUCAAUAUUGUUGUUAGUAAAUCUUUCAAGCACUAACGCAGACAUUGCUGAAUGAGUGAAUUUACAUGCAAUCAGGUGAACUGACUCUGUCACUGCUUUUUCUCUUAGGUACACAUUCACGGGGAUUUAUACAUUCGAGUCUCUUGUAAAAAUCUGUGCGCGAGGAUUCUGUAUAGACGGGUUUACUUUCCUUAGAGAUCCAUGGAACUGGCUGGAUUUCAUGGUCAUUUCAAUGGCGUAAGUAUUGUUUCUGUUAUGUAAACUGUCAGUGAUGAUGAGAUGUAAAUGGUAGCACAAAUACUGCUAUUAUUUUGCUAAAGUAGGUGGGGUGAAGGAAGUGGGGUUUCUGAUGUACAGACCGUUCAUCCUUUUCUAAUCUCUCUCUUCUUUGUCUGAUAACCCAUCUUCUGUGUUUCCUUCAUUGAUCUGAGACUCCUCUGGUCUUUCUCUUUGGGGACUGAAGGUUUCCAUCAGACACUCUGCAGCCUCUUCUUACAACACCUACAUUUUUCUUCCUCUUGUCAUCUACUCUGCCUUUGAUUCACCUUUCGUUGCUCAAAAUCAGCUGGAGUCUGCCACAUUCAAUUUAAGGCCCACUAUUUCAGCGUCUACUACACCUUACCAAACAGUGUGUCCUACAUGUGUCUAAAGGAGUAAAUACAUACGUCAACAGAUCAGCACCAUGACAAAACACCCUCAUUAUUUGUCGAGCUCACAUCCCAUGGCUGGUCUGUGUGUGACUACCUUUUCACCUCAUCUCUGAAUGUAAAUAACGAGCUGUUGUAACUGUGGUUUGAUCCUGCAGGUAUAUAACAGAGUUUGUAAACCUAGGCAAUGUCUCAGCUCUGCGCACGUUCAGGGUGUUGAGGGCAUUGAAAACUAUUUCUGUAAUUCCAGGUAAGACAGGAUGGGGCGGGGGAUGGUGGGGCGGGGUCGGUGUUAGGUGUAUGUGUCUUUCUUUCCUUUUACCUUCCACCCUUCUCCUCAGUGGACAGGCUCUGUGAGUGGCGUCGUUUCCUCCUGGUUCGGUGGUGUUGUGCUCUUGGCGUGUGUGGUUAUUGUCAUCGUGUUUGUUCUGUGUGUGAUCCUUCCCCUAUUUCAGAUAUAUAACAGAGUUUGUGGACCUGGGCAAUGUAUCUGCGCUGAGAACAUUCAGAGUUCUCCGAGCAUUGAAAACUAUCUCUGUCAUUCCAGGUGAGACUCAGUUUAAACACUAAGGCUGAUCCUCUCACCCUUUCUUUUCUACUCACUAUUAUUACGAUUACAAUUAUGAUUUAAGCAACUACUAAAAAUUGGAAACAACCAUUUUUUGAUUUUUUUUCCCUCCAAAAUUAUCAAAAAUGGUACUAAUACAUUUUUGAUAGGCUUUGCAGUCUCCUCCAGGGCCCUCCAAAGUGUCCUCACUCUCCUCAGCCCCAGUAGGAAUCUCAUUAAGACACUCACUUUUAAGGCAGCUGUGUAGCUCUUUAGAAAUAGCUGUAACCCGUCCUUCCUCACCAGCUUUACGAUUUAGAAAUACCAUGUCCCCUUUACAAAGAAAGCUCUUUACAGGAUUUUUCUCAUUAAGGUAAAUAUAUAUGGUAUUCAUCAUACAUAGGAAUUCAAAUGAUUUAGAAUAUCAGCAGAUUGUUCUUUUGCAAAGAUAAAAAGAACAAGUGAAGUUAAGACAGUAUUUUUGUAACACAUUUAUGUUAUCGGCUGAAUUGGAAGUAAAGGAUUCCAUGUUUUUGGGAUCAAAAAUGAACCCUGUACAUAUCAAAGUUCAUAUGAGAAACAGCUUAGCUCUGAGCCUCAUCCCUGAGAAAACACCCAUUCAUUAUAAAUGAAGACUGCCAAGCCUAGUUUGUGGACAUAUCUCUUACGCUGCAUGAUGCUUUUCAGUCACUUGCUUUUACAAUAUUAGCCUACUGAGAGCUUGGCUGACAAAUGGCAUUGAGAGUUUGAUUUGCCCUCUUUUGUUUUUUAGUUUGGUUAUUGAUUUUUUUUUUUCUUCAUUUUUACAACCUACUUGAAUGAUAUACUACACACAAAAAAAUGCUGUGCUCACAUUGUGGAGGUUUUGGACACAGAUGGGAUGGUUGAACGACCUCUUGACCUUUUGGAGUGACAGUGACCCCACAUCUAUCUAUCUGUCUAUUGAUAGAGGAUGUAGAGCAGAUGUCGUGUUCACUCAAAGGAACUGCUAUGGAUGACUUUUCUCAUGUCUAAUUCAUCAGGAAACUGGAAAAAGAGUCCUUAUAAACUGAGAUUGGUGAUAUUUUAAUUCAAAGCCUAUUGAAAUGAAUGUUUGGACACUUUGGAACACAUACGUUAACUUAGUUUAGCAUCGAGAUUGAAAUCAAUAGAAACAGUGGACUUGGCUCUACAGCAGCUUUUAUCAUCAAGAAGUCGUUUAUCUAAAUAUAUUUAAAUAUCUGCAUCUGAUACAUCUAUAGACUGGAAUAAAUGAACAUAGCCAGCAUGACUAUGAUGAGAAGUAAUGAGAUGAUGUGACUAGAGUCAAAGACCAUUUAGCAAAGUUACUCAAUUAUAUAGAUCAUGUCCAAGGCUGACUAUAAUCAACUAGCUUUAAAACCAAGGUAUAGUAGGUGCAGCUACAGAAGUACGCUUAGAGUCAACAACUCAACACACCAAAAAGGUUAAACACAGACUUCUGUCACUGAGUGUAAAUACAAUUGAUUGCAUAGUAUAUCAUUUAAAAUAAGAACUUUAUUGAUCUUUGAAGGGAAAUUCAAUAAUUCAAAUUUAAAUGUUUGAAUAAGUUUAAUUAAAAGUUUCAUUUGACACAUAUUGCAAGUAUAGAUAUACAGAGUUAUCCAGGGGCCCAAGACCACAAACGCAAAAUUUGAAGUUUGGUGACUCUAGUGAAAAGCUGCUAGCUUUGGAAACUUACCAUCUUAAUGCUAGACUUGAACUGAAUCAGUAAGUUAUGUAAGAUCCCCCCCUCCCAUAUGCACAUACAGAAACUCAUUGAAUGGUUGAACUAAGUUGAUCAGAGCUGUGAUCUGAAUAAAAAGGUUAUAUUUUGCAGAGAUUUUAAGAUGGGGGGUGAAUUUGAAUUUGCUCACUGUAAGCCCAAGCCUUAAGUGGCAAGCUGACAAACUGCAUUUUAACCCCUGAGAUCAGUGCAGUCAUGAUUGGCAAAAGUUUAUACUGCUUUUUCAUUUUUGACAGACAAACUUAAAAGGUUCGCAUAAAAUUAGUCUGCAUUAUUUUUAUUAAAUUUAUCCCUUGAGACAUUGUCCACUGUUUCCUGCUGUUUCCUGCAGUUUUUAGCUGCUCUUUCAGCUGUGACAAAUUUCUUUCUAAGUGGAUCAAGAAUAUUAUAGUUAUGAGCAAUUUAAUAUGAUAUUUCUGAAUAAUGCUAUGAUCCUCUGAUUAAGAACCUGUAAAUAACACUUUUAAUCCAGCUGUUUAUUUGGCUGUCCCAGUCAGUAGCAGUUUCCACUGCAGUAAUGGUGGCUACCCAAGAUGGUACCACACACAAACCACUUGCCAGAUCCAUCUAUGAUAAUAAUAAGAAUAAUAUAAUUUUCCAAAGUGUCUAAAUAUUCUUAAGUCAUCAAGUCCAGCAACAAAUUGUAGGUGAAAUUGUAGCUUUAUUUUACAGCUGUAGGGAAAUCUGAAGUUUUUUGUAAAGCAGUAAGAUUAUCUCUUUGUCAUUCUUAAUUAACGUUGCCUAUCUAAUGGAACAUUUAAUAAGAUUUGCCAAAUUUAAAAUCUCAAUUUGGAUCAUAUUUAAGAAGAUGCAGUGUGUAGCUACAGCGGGUGAAGCCCUCUGUACCGUAGAGACCAACAAAUAGUGGGUGUGCGUCAUCCUGCUUCGAUUUUAGAGUCCCCUGUGGGCCCAUGUGAACGCUGCCAGAGGAUGCCUGUCCAAAAGGUAAACUUAACUCUGUCGUAAGUGAAGGCGUGGGUGAGACAGACUGUAGGGUCACCGUAUGGGGAGUCAGUGCUUUCCUUAUACAAGGCAGUUCAAGAAAGUGCCCACACUGGCACUGGCAUUGAAUUGCUCCUGUUCAGCCUUGGAGUUUAAAUGACCUGCAUGUGGUUUCCAGCCCCCUUGCCUGUGCCUCUGUCCUUCUCAUGGCCCCUAUUUGUGCUGCUGUGCUCUAUUCCUUAUGAAUUUCCUCUCACUUUUCUUCAGUCUUCCCCCUCUUUUUUUAACUCUGCAACUCCAGAAAUGCAAAACUAUUCCGGCCAAAAAAAGUUUUCAUUUUGUAUUUUAAAGUAUUUUUGUCUGGGUGUUUCUGAAAAGAGUGGGAAGGCUCCUAAAUAUUUCCUGUUGUUUUGUAUUUGAAGUUUUAUUCUAUGUAAUCUUUUUUUUCUAAAAUGUAUUACUACCUACAUCCAAAUUUUAAAAGUUAGCAGUAGUUAAGGAGACUCAGCCUUUUGCCCAUAUUUUUAAGAAUACCAUAUAUUUACAUUAGGCUCUUUAAUUACAUUUAAACUGACAACAACUUUUGGUUGUUAAGUUAACCAAAAGUUAGAAGUACUGUCAAUCCAGAUUGAAAUGUGUAGCUAUAAGUGGACUGUGAUAUGUUUACAAAAGAUGUAGCACAGAAGGAGUAGUAGCCAACAAAAAAGACUUAGAGCAGAAAUAAACACUCAAAAGAAAAAAGCCCAGGGCAUCAGCAUCACCUGUGUGGUUUGUGUGUGUGUGUGUUUGUGUGUGUGUGUGUGUGUGUGUGUGGCUGCUUCCCAGGCCUAAAAACCAUUGUGGGCGCCCUGAUCCAGUCUGUGAAGAAGCUUUCGGAUGUGAUGAUCCUGACAGUCUUCUGCCUGAGUGUCUUUGCCCUCAUCGGUCUCCAGCUCUUCAUGGGCAACCUGCGCCACAAGUGUGUGAUCUGGCCAAUCAACAUCACCGAAAGCCACCUAGCCAACGGCAGCAAGGGCUUCGACUGGGACGAGUACAUCAUGAACGAGAGUAAGUGGAGGCAUGGCUUCACCUACAGUGAACUGGCAGCAAGCUUGGGGUGUGAGUCAGCACAUAUGAUGGGAAAACAAAACAAUAUUCCAUUUUGGCUCCAGAUAGAUAAGAGGAGCGGCUUUGAAUAAACCUGUGCUGAAUUGAAAUGAUGAACAAGUGAAGUCUGAAAUGGAUCUUAACGGAUUUACAGACCACUGCAGAAUAAACAGAUGCGCGACAGUGUGAACAAAAUGACUCAUAACUGCUGUUUGUUUUUUCUUUUUCAGCCAAUUUCUACAUCCUCCCUGGCCAGCUGGAUGCUCUCCUUUGUGGGAACAGCUCAGACUCUGGGUGAGUUGCUUUCUCUGUCUCCUCUGCUGUUCCUCCAAAGACCUGCUGCAGCUUUACUAUCUGUCUAAAGUCAGACUGCAUUAGAAGUAAACAGUGCUGAGUCAUUUUGGGCUGUGUGCCCUUUUCUCUUUCUCUUACUCUCUCCUUUUCUCUCCCUCUCUCUUGUCACCCCUCAGCCGCUGCCCAGAGGGCUACACAUGCAUGAAAGCUGGGAGGAAUCCAAACUAUGGCUACACCAGCUUUGACAGCUUUGGCUGGGCCUUCCUGGCUCUCUUCCGACUCAUGACACAGGACUUCUGGGAAAACCUUUACAUGCUGGUGAGGCUCAGAAGUCAACAGGUUCAGGUUGUUUCAUAGGAAAGCACAGAAAAUACGUUCAUGCUCUCCUAAACAGAGUGACACUGCAAAGAGGUGUUGAAAAGCUUAGUCACCUUCUGAUUGGUCAAUCCAUUGAUACCAUUGAUCCAAACUGCAUGCAUCUGUUGGUUUGAACCCCUGCAGUUGUGCAGAUCAGCUGUAUAAGAUUUGAUAGCUGACAGAAAUAUAAUAUUAUAACAGUAAUAUUGCCGUGUGUCAUUAUUAUGUACUAACAGUGAAGUUUAAACUGCAAAUCAUAAUGGUUAUUUGCUAAAUACUGUCUACUGAUUUCAUACUCCUGUGCUCUGUCUCCUCCUGCUAUCAUAAGCACUGUUCAUGCACCAUAUGAAUGCUGUUAGUCCACCUGGAAAAUGGUGGAUUAUUUUCGUUCUCCCAUGUUCCUAUGUUGAGUCACCUGAUCUGCAUGCUGUUGCCAAGUCAGUCAAGUCUGUUUCCUGUUCCACAUAAAGCCUGUAGAGACCUCCCUGGCUCUGCAUACAGAGUCCAGGUGGAAGAAAGGGUAGAUGAAAUAUUAAAGGCUUAGCUUACAGUGUGGCCAAUGAGAGAGCUGGGACCUGAUGGUCCCUUCCAUACUUCUAUUUUUGCUCCCAUCAUUGAAAUGCAUUUCUAAACUACAGGCCUUCACAGCUAUAGAGUGCCAUAUCUUGUUAAUAGGGAUUAUUCAGCUGUAUUCAGGACUGAUGUUGACGGCUUUCAGUCUAGUGUUAAGGAAAGGAAAUGAAGAGGACUUCAAUCCUUCAUAUAACCACUAAGGUGUUUUUCCUGCCUGGGUGUAAAACAAUAAGUCAGACUCCUAAUUAGUUUUUGCUUCUCCUGUUGAAAAUGUUGUGUACUCGCCCAUCAUGUCUACUACAUUCAGUGAUGAUGUGAUCAGCAUUUCCACUUUUGCCCACCAGGAAGUCUUCCUGUUUGUUCUGCUCCAAAAACAUUAUCUCACCUUUUAAGAGGGCAACCAAAUCAGGCCAGCAGGAUCCGUGAUACUUUCUGUGCAGACUGAGAGCAGAUGGUCAGUCAGUACAUCGCUGAGUGGUAUAAGGAAAACACAUUUUAGCAGCAGAAAUUAAAAUAUCAACAAGAUAUGUUUGUAUUGCAUCAUGGGAUUUUAUCUCUAUGCCGAUUUUUGCUGAAUCACACCUGCUUGUUCUACCCAACAACAGCUGAUGGUGUUUAUUUCUGAUGAGUCAUUGUGAGGGUUGAGGUUAUGAAAGAGUAGCUCCUGAUGUUUUUGUCAUUCAUUCCCUCCCCCCCCACCACCUGAAAGACACUGAGGGCUGCAGGAAAGACCUACAUGAUCUUCUUCGUGCUGGUGAUCUUUGUGGGUUCCUUCUACCUGGUGAAUCUUAUCCUGGCUGUGGUGGCCAUGGCCUAUGAGGAGCAGAAUCAGGCUACAAUGGAGGAGGCCCAGCAGAAGGAAGAAGAAUUCAAGGCCAUGCUGGAGCAGCUCAAGAAACAGCAGGAAGAUGCUCAGGUCAGACCCCUGCAAGGUGGAGAACGUAAAUUACCCAACUCAUUUUGUGGAAUAUCUCUGACUCAGUUUGUGUAUAUGUUCCUUUGCAGGCUGCAGCCAUGGCAACCUCUGCGGGUACAGUGUCAGAGGACGCAGUGGAGGAUGAUGGAGGAGGGCGUCUGUCAUGCAGUUCAUCUGAAAUGUCAAAGCUCAGCUCUAAGAGUGCCAAAGAGCGGCGGAAUCGUAAGAAGAAGUGGCGGCAGAAAGAGCAGGAGAAGGAGAAAGGAGACAGUGAGAAGUUUGUCAAGUCAGAGUCUGACGAUGGCAGCAAGAGAAGCCGCUUCCGAUUUCCUGAUAACCGCCUGGGUCGAAAGUCUUCCAUUAUGAACCAGGUAAGAAAAAUAAGAAUAAUGCUUUGGCGACUCAAGUCUUCCUCCAGUGUAAAGCUGAUUUUCUUUUGUGAGUAAGUAAUAAUCAUUUUUCGUGUGCAGGGGAUUUCAAAAUUCAUGAAUCCUAAAUUUUAACCUUUUAAAUUAACUAUAAAGACAUAUUUGGUUGGCAAAUCACCAGAUUGUAGCCUCUGAAAAAUGAUAUUGGUUUUUUUAAAGAUUUAAAUGCUAAAACACCUCUGACUUACUCAGCUAAACUCUGUUGUAAUAAUAGCUGGUGGCAGAAAUCUCAUAAAUCAUUCUGAUAACAGAGAAACACCACACAUAUUUAAAUUCAGGGUGUCUGCAACUUCAAAUGUAUUAAAAGUCAUUACAUCUAUGUGGUGAAAUUUAAGGCCAUUAUAACACAAGAGAUCCAUUUAUUUAGUUAUUUUUCCAAUGUGGGUUGAGAAUUUGUCAAAAGAGUUUGUAAACUGAAGAUUUCAUUUUUUUAAUUUUUAUUUUUUUCGAUUAAGUCAGUGUCUUUCCAGCCAUCACAGAUGUGUACCUGUUAAAAUCCUUGUAAAUCUUGUCGUCUGAAGAGGUCAAAUAUUAAGCUCCCACAAAUAUGCCUCUGAUCUAUCCACUGACUGUCUGCUUUGAAAUGCAAGUUGUAAAUUGCUGGCAGACAAAGAAAUUUGAAGCUUAGCUAAGUGUAAGUGCCAUCACUGGGAAAAACCACCAGGAAGGGUCUAAAAUUAACACCAACAUAACAUGUAACAGGCAGAUUUUCCAUUUGGUGAGUAAUCCUCUGAGGGCUGUGUGCCAUUUGGUUCGUAAAUGUAGUUGUGUAAGAAGAAGAAACUUUGCUGAGUCUCAGGUCACCUACAGUAGGACCUCUGUCUCCUUCUUCUGCUCUGUCUGCAUGUGUGUGUGUAUGUAACACACACACUUUGCUGAAUAUCAUUGUUAUGAAGUCCCUCCUGGAAAUGCCCUGAUUCUUUCUCCUCUAUUUAUGUUGCUGGUUACAAAGUGCAGCUGGUUUUAUUUGAUGUGAUACUGUAGUCUAAUCGAGCAGUGGUGGAUAAUCAGCAUAAAGUGAGGAGGAAGAACACUGGUUAUGGUAAACAUUGUGGCAAAGGUAAAAAAAUGAGAGGUGAUUUUCUGUUACAGCUGUUUUCUAGCUGUUCUGCUGCUAAAACCUUAAAAACAUUUUCACAUCUCUUCACAAACAUAUGGGAAGAUGCUGGAUUUAGUUUGUGUUCAGUUCGGGUCAUGCUUCAUCACAGCCACUCUGACAAAUAACUGGUGUUUUGUUAGGGCCUUUGGCAUCAAAUAAAGAGGCACACAUUACAGUUAUGUCUGUGGCAGACAGACAGGGAGGAGAGAGAAGACACAGUGUUGUCACCUGGUCGCUUUGUUUUCUAUCAGUCCUGUGUUUUGACAGCUCCACACCGAUGUACAAUGAGUGAUACCCAUAAGUGGACUGUUAUAAUUAAAGAGAGCCAGUCUCUACAGAAACACUAGCACACACUUUCUCUGCCAUUUGAUGAGAGUUUAGAGGAAAUAUUUUUACUUUUGCUGUUACUUUCGGGCAAAUCUCAUUUAUCUUGUCUGUAAUUACAAUUUUCUGCAUGCCAAAGUUGUUCUGUGUUCAGGGACAUUUUCUGCACCAGCACUGUGUGCAACUUGUAAAUCAAGAGUAAGAAGCAUAACAUGUCUGUGCAGUAGUGCAGUUUUGUUGUUGUAGCGGUAUCAAAACUGACUGCUGGUCCCGCACAGCCAAACAGACCUCCACAGCAGCUCCCUAUCACAGAGAUUGCAUGCUUGCUGAGGUGAUAAAGUGAGUCUAUCUAAUAAUAAUGCUGGGUGCUGGUUAAAUAAUUUGCAUGCACUUUAAUGGUCCUCUGCAAGGUAUGACUAAUGUGCAGCCACUGUACAUUGUGGUGUUGCCUGCUUUUAAAUAGAGGGGAGCUUACAGUGGCUUGACAUGUAGAAACACAAGUUCAGAUCCUGAAUUAUUCAGUGUGAUAACAUGAAUGUUUCAGAGGAAGCAAUCCCGCAGCUUUGUUGAAGUCUCACUCUGGCACCACUGGCUCUUAAUAUAUGUGUAACAGCAGAGGAUUAACUCAUGAACCUCAAUUAUUUAUGGAAGGGUGCGGCUGCUAAUAUAUCUGGGAAGCUAUUUUUUUAGGGAGAUAUUUGGACACGAGGUUGGAAGAUAGAAAUGAGGGAGCAAAAGAGUAGAGGGAUGGAGGGCCUAGAUUUGGCUGAGGCCCGGACUUACAUCGGCAGCCACUGUCGAGGACCACAGCCUUUUUAUUUGGGGCAUGAGAAAAGCUGGCACUGGGGGCACUAAUUGUAUAAGACACCAAAUAUUCAGUGAAUAGGUCUGCUGAUGCACCUUCACCCUGUGGCGAUCAAAAGACACAACUGCCUCUGUUUGUCACAGAGUGAUACAUCACUCUGCAAAAUAUAUCACAAAACAGACUAAUAACCACCAGAGUAAGGAGAGGUAAGGUCUGCUCUAAAUAGCCAAGAGGUGAUGAAGCAGGCAGCUAAGUUUUAGAUAGAGGUGUAUACAUCUUAAGAUGAUCUCAUGCUAAAAGGACACCAUCUGUAUUUGAAUGGAUUUCUUUAUUUUUAAGAAGUGACUGAUGCUUUGUAGACCUUGUUAGUGUUUCCCACAGGCUGUUGGUUUACCUGUGUUGGUUGGGUGUUAGUUAUGGCCUGGUGGUGGUGGAGGGUGUUGAAAGUAAAAGGACAUAUGUAAGAAUAUCUGAUUUCUCCUAUGACUAAAAUAUGUCUUUGUUGGUGUGAGUCAAACAAGGAUUUUGAAAACAAAGUUUUUGGAGGUUUGAUUUUUGGGUUCUGACCAUUUAAAAGAUGUCAAUUUGUGAGUUUUAUGCACAGUUUAAUCCAGAUGAUCUGGUCUUACCUCUCUUGUGAUUAUCCUAACGUAACUUGCUUUCCCCAGAUUUGGUAUAACUUUUAUCUUCGUCUCUUUUGUACAGAGCUGUUAAUUGUGUUUGAUUUAAGUGUGACUAAGGUGGAAAUUUUAGCCCAAACCUUCUGAAUCUUAUGUUUUUGAUCUCAAUAAUGUUUGUAUGUUGCUGUCUGUACAUUCAGCAAUACAUGUUGUCUCUUUUACUCUUGCAUUGUUGCGGGGAAGUGAAGCUGUCAAUGCUUGCUUUAGUGUUUGUUGGAUUUCUUUCCUAACCCUGAGGGAUACUGGUCUCUGUAGUUCCCACUUCCCCCUCACUCCAGUAAUGCAAGGCAUAAACAAAACUACACCAGAACAUUGAGAUUUAUUUUUUCUAAUGAUAUAGAUGACAGAUAAUCUUUAAAAUAUGCCAUAUUGUCACAGCCUGGCUUUUGCAAACACAUCCCCUCGAGAGUUUCAAAAUAAGAUCUAGCACACUGGCAUAAUGAGACACUUAAAAAGUCACAAGCAGUGAUUUUGCUGUACAUAAACCAUCUACACAGGCUGAGGAUUUAUGUAACAAAAUGUAAUUUCUGUUUGUACUCCCUGUGAGGUUGCAGUCAUAUUCAGAUCAAUACCUGCAGCAGCCCAGAUUGAUGUUGUCAUGACUCAUGGUCCUCUUUGGUUGCCUGUUUCUCUGGCCUGUGUGUGUGUGUGUGUGUGUGUGUGUGUGUGUGUGUGUGUGUGUGUGUGUGUGUGUGUGUGUGUGUGUGUGUGUGUGUGUGUGUGUGUGACCUUGACAAUGUGGGAUAUCACUGACCUAAUUAUGCAUUUCCUUCUUGUUAUUGAGUCACAUGAUCUUCCUGGCAGGGUUUGCCUCCUCAGGGUAAAGCGCCCUGGUUGUGUAAAUGUCCUCGCUUCACAGAUGUUUUACUUUCAUCAUGACCUCAAGAACGGAUGACAAACAGCAUAAAACUGAAGGUUCACUCAACAGUGAUUCAAAAGUACCCUCAGAUACAACAGUCACCUGUGUUUUUUCUACUUCCUCCCCUCCAGUCCCUUCUCAGUAUACCUGGCUCGCCUUUCCUGUCCCGCCACAACAGUAAAAGCAGCAUCUUCAGUUUCAAGGGCCGCAGCAAGGACGUGGGCUCUGAGAAUGAAUUUGCCGAUGAUGAGCACAGCACGGUGGAGGAGUGUGAGGAGCGUCGGGGCUCCCUUUUCAGCCCGUAUCGGCGGAGUAGCUACAGCGGCUUUCAAGGCAAGAGGAACAGCACGGUGGAUUGCAACGGCGUGGUGUCACUCAUCGGCCCUGGGCCUGGUGGACGCCUUCUGCCUGAGGUGAAAAUAGAUAAGGCAGCUACUGAUGACAGUGUAAGGAAGUCAAUGAGUAGACCUAUCUAGGCAUGGCCCCCCUCUCGUCCGUUCCUUUUCUUUCCUGCUCUCUAUCCUCUACUGUGUCAUCUUUGCAAGUCCGUAUGUAUCUCUUGGCUAAGCGCUCGCGCCUCCCCUCCCCCAGCCCUUGCAGUGUAUGCUGCCCUCCAACAGUAGGCAAAGGAUGGAGACAAAAAAAUUGAAAAGAGAAAUACCAUAGCCAACCCUAUAUUUGAUAGCUUAGGAAAACUGGGUCUGUCAAUGACUUCCAGGCAACUUUGUUGUUUGAUUUGAACAGUGAAUGUCAAUGUUAUGAAUGUUCAUAUCAGAGUAUUUAUUCCCACAUACACCAUACUCAAACUGUCAUACAGGCACUAUUCAAAAAGACAUAUAGUUCUUCAGCAUACCCAUCUCCCCAUAAGAUUUUGGCUCAUAUUUCAAAGCUUGAUUAAUUUUUCACAACUUCAUGCGUGGAAUGUCAUCCACUUUCUUUAUAACACACUUGUGAGUAAUUGAACAAAGUCUUUGGUUAACAAACAGCAUUUAAUGAUGAGUUAACAUGCUCCAGUGUGUUGAUGUGUUCCUCCUCCAGGCAUCCAGGUCCUCUGCUAGCCUGUGUGGGUAGAUCUACAGUAGGAGUCGGAGGAAACAGAGGGGACCAGCACUAUAGAGCCACAAACAUUUUUAUCUGCGUCCUUGUUAUACUUAAAGUCCCCCAAAGCAGACACACAAGUUACAUACACACACCAUCCUAUCAGGCCUUUACAAUCUAAUUUAAGGAAAAAAGGAGGGCUGCUGUCCUUGUCUGUCUUUACAUUUCUCUGUUUUUCAAACUCUCCCUGGUCAACAUUAGUGGAUUAGAUGUGUCUCAUUUAGUUAGCAUGGUAGAUUUAAACCCCAAAUUAGAACAAGCAUGACAUAGACGAGUAGAACAAUGGCUAUGAUGUCUGUAAUUUCCUCUCCUUCUCUUUGACUUGGAGCAUGCUCAUGCAUGACAACUGGACUGAGAUGAACUACCUGCCUCCAUAUUAUCUUUUACAAUGCUCUUGACUUGAUGGUUGCAAUAUAAAUUGUAUGGUUUCAAAGUAGGAAGAUACAUUAGCCUAAUUUGCAAGUAACAUUAAAAUGGCCAGAUUUGGGAGACAUUUUGUAAAAUAACCUAAUGAUUAUAUUGCAAUGGCAGCAAAGCCUCCAUUACUGCAUGACAGGACUGAAAAUGCUUUCAUGCAAAAGCAGUUCUCCUUGCACAAUAUCUCACGAUCCAUUUAUUAUUUAAUCUGAAUGAGCUAAUUACGUUCAAACACAAUUAGGUCAAGUAGCCCUAGACCACUGCUCCCACUUUGGCUGAGACCUGCAUGCAUUUACAGCAUACACACAUCUUCCUUGAAACCAGCAUUGAGAUAGAAAACAAUGAAACAUGACCCGCCCCUUUCCAAAAAAUUCUGAUCCACCACUACUUUUUUCCUGCCAAUGUUGUUGUGCACUUCCCUCCGCCGGCCACCGGUGGUGAUGUGGGAUGGUGUUCAUGUCCUCUCCAUGGGUGCUUGAUUCUUCCUCUCCUCCUGACAGCCAACAACUGAGGUUGAGGUGAAGAAGAAGCUGUCGGGCUCCCUGAUGGUGUCUGUGGACCAGCUCAAUACCUCCUUUGGGCGGAAAGAGCGGGCCAACAGUGUCAUGAGCGUCAUUACCAACACACUAGUGGAGGGUACUGCCACUUUAACCCAGCUAUUUAACCUGCUCUUAACCUGCUCUCAUUAUUCUUUAACUAGGGCUGCUCUCAUUGGUUGAUUAGUUUGACAUGAAUUUCCUGCUUAUCUGCUUUGCAUAUCCAACAGUACCAGAUACAUACAAUGCAUACAAUUUUUUCUAUUAUUUAAUACCAUUGCAUGUGAUAAUCUCAAGCACGCCAUUAUGUUUGUUUUUGACGUUUGAUCCGCGCUAUGUCUUCAGAACUGGAGGAGUCUCAGCGCAAGUGUCCACCAUGCUGGUAUAAGUUUUCUAACACAUUCCUGAUCUGGGAGUGCUCCCCAAAGUGGAUUAAGAUCAAGGAGAUAGUGAACCUGAUUGUCAUGGACCCCUUCGUGGACUUAGCCAUCACCAUCUGUAUCGUUCUCAACACCCUCUUCAUGGCGAUGGAGCAUUACCCUAUGACCCCGGACUUUGAACAUAUGCUGUCUGUGGGAAACCUGGUGAGUGGUGGUAAUCUUUUUUAAAAUGUAAAUCACUGAUUAAGAAUCUCUUCUGUUUCUUUUUUGCAGCUCCCAGAGAGGUGUUAUUUUUGGGACUUUAAUUGGCAGCUCUUUCGUAGCAGAUUCAGAGUUGAAAGAGAAAAAAACGCUCUCAAACCUCCCCUGCUGCUUCCAUGUUUCUAUGCAUUUCUCUUUUCUUCGCACGCAGGCACGCACACAACUGUUCUGUCUCCUCCCUUUUAUCUCUCUUUCUCUCCUCUCCUUGAGUGGAUUUGCAGUUUGUUUCAGUGGGACCAGCUAGACUCUCUGCUGGUUGGCUGACUGGUGGGAGGCCUGCAUUAAUAUUUCAUGGAACCUGAUCGAUGAGCUGCUCUAAAAUGGUGCCUGAAUCAUAGCUUGGUUAACUCAACCUGGUUAUUUUUUUUCUAUAAGCCUUAUUAAUUAAGGAAAACACGUUUACUUUCAGAAAUCUUUUUUUUUUUCACUUUACAGUAACAAAUUAAGAAACCUAUUUUUUUUCUCUUCUUGGACCAUAUGUGUACCAAAAGACAGUGAAAUAAUUAGCUUUUGUUAAAGACUGAAUAUUUCAGUGCAAGCUGCUCAGAAAAGCGUUAUUUCCUCUCCUGCUUCAAAGAAAGGCCAAUGGGUGGUACAGGUGGAAAUUUCUAGGUCACCUUGACGUAGAAUGAGUCAUCUUGUUACACACACACACACACACACACACACACACACACACACACACACACACACACACACACACACACACACACACACACACACACACUCACACAAACAAGUAGACACACAGACAACCCUCACAUGGACCAACAUUGUGUGCUCAUCCAUAAUGUGUUUUUUUAUGAUUGAGGAUAGCCCUGAGUGAUUUACUAGAGCGUGGAUGCACACAAACAUGCUAACACUGAGGAGAGGCAAACUGGUAAUUCAUAACUGUGCUGUGUCCACAGAGGUUAUUUUCAUUAUGAUGGAGUUUCCUUGAACACAAGCACAAGUGGUCAAAUCAAAUCAAAUCAAAUCGUUAAAUAUUUCGCCAACAAUUAAGGCUCAUUUUUUCACGCAGUAAGUAAAGCCAAAACAGCUCAAUUAAAACAACUCUUUCGUCUACCUACCUGCAGGUGUUCACUGGAAUCUUUGCUGGAGAGAUGAUGUUCAAGCUGGUGGCUAUGGAUCCGUAUUACUACUUCCAAGAGGCCUGGAACUGUUUUGAUGGCUUCAUAGUGACGCUGAGUUUAGUAGAGUUGGCGCUGGCUGAUGUCGAAGGCCUGUCUGUCCUGCGGUCAUUCCGUUUGGUAAAUACUCUGUUUAGCUCCGCCCUAUUAAAAACCAGGAGAGAGCAUUUGGGCGUAACAUCUCAGCAUUUAGAAUAUACACAUAUUUAAUUCUGAAUUUUGUUAUUUAAGUGUGAAUAUGCUGAAAUGGUUGUAUUUUAUUCCUUUUUUAACGACUAAAUCAUAUCCUUCUCACUCUUUUUUUCUUCCGAACCCCAUUUUAGCUGAGAGUGUUCAAGCUGGCCAAGUCAUGGCCCACCCUCAACAUGCUGAUCAAGAUUAUUGGUAACUCUGUUGGAGCCUUGGGGAAUCUGACUCUGGUGUUGGCCAUCAUUGUCUUCAUCUUUGCCGUGGUGGGAAUGCAGCUGUUUGGCAAGAGCUACAAAGACUGUGUGUGCAAGAUUGCCCAGGACUGUGAGCUGCCCCGCUGGCACAUGAACGACUUCUUCCACUCCUUCCUGAUCGUCUUUCGGGUGCUGUGUGGUGAAUGGAUUGAGACCAUGUGGGACUGUAUGGAGGUGGCGGGUCAGGCCAUGUGCCUCAUUGUCUUCAUGAUGGUCAUGGUCAUUGGUAACCUGGUGGUAAGUGUCUAGACUGGGAGGGUAAAGCUUGGCUUAAAGGAGUACACUGUAGGCUCUUUAAGCCAUUGUGAAAUAAUAUAAAUCUCAUCAGAUGAAAAGAAUAGCAUUUGACAGCUAGUUUAUCUCAUUACUAUUUUGUGGUUGUAGGUGUUGAACCUGUUCCUUGCCUUGCUGCUGAGCUCAUUCAGUGCUGACAACUUAGCCGCAACAGAUGACGACGGAGAGCCCAACAACCUGCAGAUUUCCGUCAUGCGUAUCAAGAAAGGCAUAGCGUGGUUCAAAGCAAAGAUGCGGAUAGUGGUAGCCAGCCUGCUGAGAAAACCACCAGUGGAGGAUGAGCAGAAGCCCUUAGAUGACAUGUAUGACAAGAAACUGAACUGUAUCGCGAAUCACACUGGGGUAGACAUCAACCGAGAUUUGGACUAUGCCAAGAAUGGUAACGGCACCACUAGUGGAAUCGGCAGCAGCGUGGGCAAGUAUAUGAUCGACGAGGACCACAUGUCUUUCAUCCACAACCCGAACCUGACCGUUUGCGUGCCCAUAGCUGUGGGAGAGUCUGACUUUGAGAACUUGAACACAGAAGACUUCAGCAGCGAGUCGGAAAACGAGAACAGCAAAGAGGUCAGUCACUCUCUUUUUUAUCCAUUUUAGACUGUUUUUAUCAGGCAGGAAAUGACUCCUUUUUAAAGUAGAAUUGAAGCAAUAAAUGCAAUAAAACCCUUUUUCCAAGAUCUUAGAACAUUUGAAGGUUUCAACACUUCACAUGCCGCUAAUAUUGUUAAUAAUCCUAAUCUACUCUAUAUGGUGUGGUUUUCCCUCUAAGCCCAUCAAAAGCACGGGUGUGGCUGACUACUCUGCACUGUCAAGACACUAUUGAAACUCCAUUACUCAACGGGAGUCAUCUAGAGUAGCUUAGCCAGGAAGGGAGUGUGGAUGAAAUGGAUAUCUGCUGCUGUAUUUUGUAGUGGACAAAAUCCAUUUAGGAGACUUUCAGAACAUAUGAUCUGCAAUUUGAUAUUCCAUUUACGUGUUCUUGUGAAUGAUGUGUACGGCUCAGAGUUGUUAUCUCGUCCAUUUCAAAACAAAGACAGAAAAAAUGAGGUGAUCAAAUAGCACACGAGGUUCCUCCCUUUGAAAGAUUUAGCAAAUGCAGUCUGGAAAGAACUGGAGAUUUCCCCUUCCUGAGGAGACUCCAUCAGUGCAGCUCUGUAAUAGCUUGCUUUGAUUUGAAUACAUAAUGAAAAAAAAGAAAAUCUGCCUCUCGUCUCGUUUGCUCUUUCAUGUGCAUUAAAAUUGUGUGGUUUGUUUGCUUGUGUGCUCCCACAUCUGCGUCUCUGCAGCUGGACGACACCAGUUCAUCAGAGGGCAGCACCAUUGACAUUAAGCCAGAUGUGGAGGAGGUGGUGGUGGUGGAGACAGUCGAGGAAUACAUGGAGCCAGAGGCGUGCUGGACAGAUGGUGAGGCCACUGAUCCCACUGCUCACAUGACAUCCACCCCACAGCACUGAGACUCCCCUGGGCUGAGUGGAAGUGAUAGGGUGGGGAGGGGGACAGUUUCAUUAAGGGGAAUCACUCACGCAUGGAGACUCUAUCUAUCAGCCUGUCUAUCCGUCUGUUAAACAAUCUGUAUACAAAGCUUACACUCAUGCUGGGAUACAUGCUCAUCCCUACCAUUUGCUGUAAUCUUAGGCCAGUUUGGUUUUAACCUUAGCUUCUUCCUUGUUUCCUCAGCUUGUGUGGCAAAGUACAAGUGCUGCGAUGUUGACAUCACUUUUGGCUGGGGAAAGAGCUGGUGGUUCCUGAGAAAAACUUGCUACCUGAUCGUGGAGCACAACUGGUUUGAGACCCUCAUCAUCUUCAUGAUCCUCCUCAGUAGUGGUGCCCUGGUAAGAAAGAAAAGAUCAGUGCUGCUCUCAGUUUGGUUUUGUAAUGUAAGAGCUGCUGGUUGGUUGGUUGGGGGUGGAGCCAGGGACCUGUGAUUAAUGGACUGCACCAUCUAUCAAACGGGGGUCUAUUUUGGGGGAUAGAGUGGAGUCUUGCUCUCAAGCAUGCCAUGUGCUGCUAAAAUAAUAAAAAACACUCUGCUUGCAAAUUGGCUGUUGAGUUAAUUUGAAAUAUUUCACAAUAACGCAUUUGCCCAAAUCUUGCAAAUCACUGUGAGUGACCAAUAAUGAACAAGCUGUUCUGCUGUAAACAAUUUCAUUAGGGGAAUCAUAAAUCAUGAGGGGUAAUAUUUCCCACCCAGUCAUCACCACAGCUGACACAUGUUCCUGUUACUCCUCCUCAGGCCUUUGAAGAUGUCUACAUCGAGCAGAGGAAGACCGUUCGAACCAUCCUGGAGUAUGCUGACAGGGUUUUCACCUACAUUUUCAUCCUGGAGAUGUUGCUGAAAUGGGUUGCUUAUGGUUUUGUAAAGUAUUUCACCAAUGCCUGGUGUUGGCUGGACUUCUUCAUUGUGGAUGUAAGUCUAGCUCUUGUUUAAUCUAUCUUGUUAUCUUAGACUAGAGCAUUAACAUGAUCCUCAACCUCACCCAACAGCAACACGUUGAUACAAAGAGGCAUAAAGUCUGUAAGUCAGACUAGAACUAAUGCUAAAUUCUGCUGCUUCAACAACUUUAAAGUAAUAAUGAGCUUUCUGCUCGAUUGAAUUAGGGGUCACUCUGAUGCCUUAACGAUAAUUACAGAAGAUGAUACUUUUGUUGCUCCUGUUGUGUCUGCUGGGUGUGGUCAGGCUCCAUAGGUGAGGUUCACAAUGAAAUUUCUGCUUUGUGGUAAGCAUAGGAUGAGAUGGCAUGUUGUUUACAAUAAAAAGAUUAUUCAUUGUGUGCAACCACAUCUAAAGGACAGUGUUUUACAGGACUAUGCCGUAGUCUGUCCUCUUUAUGUAAACUCAUGCCAAGGUCACCUUUUGCAGCUCCACCAAGCAACAAUAUUUAUACAUAACUGUAUCCAUCACUCUGAGAUGCUUGAAUAUGCAGAAAAAUGUCUUUGACCUUCUGUUGCCUAAACUAUAUGAUCUGACUAUCUUCAAUGUUAGAGAAGACAUUAUUCAAAUUUGAUUUUAUUAGUGUGAAAUCAAUGCUGAUUGAAAAGACAUAUUCAAGUUGUGCUCAGAGAAAUGAGAUGUGUAAAUGAUGUGUCUCUGUUAGGCUGUCUCUGCCCAUGUCUCUGACCUGUAUGAUGUUUGAUAUGUGCCUUUGCCCCCUCUCUCUGUGUUCUUUUCUGCCCCUGCGGUCAAGAUUGAAAGACUGAAACAGGGAAAAUUCUUAAAUCUAUUCUAAACGGUGAUAUAAUCAAUUCUUGGGUCCCGUCUUGAGACGAUAUGACCUGAGAUUGGAGAGUUACUUAGCUGUUUGUGAGUGAGUUAAUAUCCCAUCAGGCAAUACUAGUGUUUAGAGAGAACACGGGAAUCAUUUUCAUACUUAAGGGGCUCAAAGCAUUUAAACAAAUGCUGAAUAGGAUAGAAUAAGAAUUUCCCUUCAUUUCUGACUUUCUCCUUGAACUAACCACCUCUCUACAGUAUCCAACACCUCAGCCAAUACCUGUGAAUGGACUCCUAUCAAUGGCCAGAGGUUGCCAUGUUGAUCCACUGAAUCCUAGACCCCAUACAGAAACACAAAGUCAAAACACACCUUAGACGUUGUACAUUUAGUUAAAUGAAUAUGGAUUGCUGCAUGCAUACAUUUUUACAAUUGAGAAUUUACAAAGAAAAUAACUGAAUAAGUUAACACAUAUUACUCACACGGUGCUUGCAGACUUAAUAUGUACUGUACGUACUAAUUCUGAUAGUUGCCAUGAUAUACUCCCUCCCUGUAGGUGUGUUGUCAAGCCCAACACUUGGGAUAGUGGGGGACAUCACGUUUCCCAAGAUGUUAAAAAAUGUUACAAAUCCAGUAACAUCCAUCAUCCCUUCUUUCCCCGCCCCCCUUUCAUUCCCUCUUGAAAGUGUAACUUCAGGAUUGUGGUGAUAUUGUGCUGAGAUGUAAUGAUGGUGGGUGACAGGCGGCUGACGGUAAGUUUGGUCUUCACUAGCGCUCCCCCUCCCCCCAAAAAAAACAUAUGUUUGAUGAGUCUAGGUUGUGUUGUGUGCCUCUGCCGUCCUGUGUUGUGGGGUGAAACAACGGACUCAGAGGGGGCACCAUCAUUAGACCGGCAUGUAUUUUGUUGUUCCCCAUUUUCCCUGUCUAAUUCUGUUAUCCAUUUAAUUUUUGUCUUUCUGAGAUUCAUUAUAAGAAUGGUUUUUUUUUUUGUUGUCUUAAAUCUGGCGCAGAGCAGAAGAUCUAACUCUAGGGAGAAGGUGUUUGGUUAUUUAAGUGAAGUUAGAAACUGUACUUCAGAAUUCAACCUGAUACUUUCUAAAGUGAAGAACUAUAUCUUAAGCAUUUUGUUAAAAAAAGAACAAAAAACAUGUUAUAUCAGUAGCAAAAGAAUGAAAAUGUAUGGUAGGGAAUACUAGAAGAGCAGAUUUAUUUAGUGGUACAGAUGCGGAGGACGUGAGAGGUUGAUAGGUGUCAUUCUCCAUUCAUCUUUCUUUUUGACUCAGAUUAUUUUCAUUGUUUUUUGUUUUUCCCUUUGCCUUUAUUUUGCAUUUUUUUCUGUUUGGUUUGUGCUGUCGUCAUCAUGGGAUCACAGCCCCAGAUGUCAUUGGCCUUGCCUUGCAGAGCUCUGUGAGAAGGACGUUGAAGCGCUGAGGUCACUACCACACAGUUGGUUCAGCAGGGGGGCCAGAGGCCAGACACCCCUAAAGUGGGCUCUCCAAGGGGUCAGGCUGAAGGUGACAAUUACCCCAAACACUGUAGUAUAGAUCAUGGCAAAAUCUUUAUUUUACUGUCCUUCCCUCAGAACAGUUCAGAGGUCAAGAUAUUUGUUUAAAUGGAGACUUUAAGCUAAAGGACAAGACCCUGUCCAGGUAGUCUUCAACCAGGGUUUAAACAUGGUCUUGAAUGUACAUGUUUGAGAGUGGUGGUUUAAUGUAUGCCACAUUUUUGGUCAUUUUAAAGUUUUGAUGAUAAACAGAGUUGGUCUUUUGUUAUCUACAUUGCUGACGGCCUCAGUCAAAAUGAAGAUUUUGCCUGGUACAAACCUCCCUCCGUGACUUUGGUAAGCUUUGGAUGUUGUGUAAUUCUUGCAGUGAGUUUGACUGGUGGAUGUCAGUGGCUGGUUGGAGGUGUUUCAUAUGUGUUCACUUUUGAUAUGUUUCCUUAUUUGUAAGGAACUGGUUCUCCUCCUUUUCAGUGCCCUCAGCUUCCUGACUGAGGAAAAUACCAGAUUGGAUUUUUUUUUUUUUAAAGACUUCUCAAGGUUUCAGUUCCCAGGAUCAUUUGGAACAAACAAAAUUGUCACCAUUUCACUGAUUUUAAAGCAACAGUUGAGCUUCCGUGUGCAGCAGCAGCAGCAGCAGUGUCUUGUCUUAGCACACAUGGGGCAACUCCAUCCUAAGUACAUGAGUGCAGCUUACUGACCACACUGACCAUUGUCCAUUUCCUCCUUUGUUAACAAUGCAGUGCUAAACAUGUGUCAAGCUUGUCUUGGACUAUGAAGAAUUUACCAAACUAUGAUUUAGGUCACUCUCCCCCAAUUCAAAUAAAUUAAAUAUAAAAGGAUAGAUUUACAAUGCUCAUAAUUAUUAUAAAUCUCCAUUAUAUACACUCAUUAAUGUCACUGAAGAUGUCUUUAUAAACAGUUUUAUGAGAUAAUGAUACAAUCAAAGUGAGAGCUUUUAAAAAUGAACACACUUUAAUACAGUCUCUGGCUGCCAUAUUCCAUGGUGGCUGCUGUUGGGCAAGAGGAUUUGCACCAGUUUCUUUGAGGUCGUGUGCUGUUAAAGUUAACUGUUAACUGUGUGUAACUUGACUGUACUCUGUUAAUUUUGUCCUUUCAGUGCCAUCCAGUGCUAAUAACUAUAUCCAGUCUGCCCUUAUCCUCCAUCCUUGUUCCAUGUGCGUGGUUCGUGUGACUGUGGCUCUCCUCUAUGAGUCUAAAUGCUGUUUUUUUGAUGUCUGCCAACCAGAAUAGCAAAAUGACACACAUGUACAUGUUUACUUGUAUUCUUUCUCUUAGGUUCCGUUAGUUUGUCUGUCUUAAAUUGUAUGGGAUUUUAUGCCUCAGCCCAAGAACGACAUGGAGAGACAAUGUUAGAGGGGCAAGGGUAAGGCUCUCAAGUCUGUUGGGUUUUUAUCAGCUUCUACAGGGUAACCUCUCUCCUUCCCUCCUUUCCCAACUCCUCUUCCUCUGCUCUGCCCAGUCCCUUUGCUUGUGUCUUAACUAAAUCAUGUAGCACUCUUUUCUGCCUAAUUUACCCUCUAAAUGAGUCUUAUGUCAAUAUCUCCUCUCUUUCUCUCUCAACUACAAAUUUCUUUGCAGGUACAAAGGACUUUUCGCAUCUCGUCAACCUCCCCCAAAUAACAGACAAACAAUCCCUCUGGCUUACUGCUUCUUAAAAUACUACGCACAUAAAUCCUAUACUAAACACUGACCUUCUCUCUCAGUGUAUAUGCAUAUAUAAAUGCAAUAUUAUACAUGCAUAUACAUGCAAAGAUUUAUGUGUGUAUGUCAAGAAACUCUUCGCCUAUGCCAGGGCCGUCUCUCUUCCCUAGUGAAUAUUCUCACUUCUAACAGUUUGGAACCUCUUUUGCUUCUCUGUUUUUGUGUAGGUCUCAAUAGUCAGCCUUGUAGCUAAUGCGCUGGGCUACUCCGAUCUAGGGCCCAUUAAAUCACUCAGGACACUAAGGGCCUUGAGACCCCUCAGAGCCUUGUCACGUUUUGAAGGGAUGAGGGUAAGAUCCAAAGCUAAGCAGCUGAUCCUUCCGCAUGCCCAUUCAACAGUUUAAAGCAUGCUAGAACUGAUCUAAAAAAAACAAACUAAGAGGACAAAAAAAACUCCAAGAUAUUGGGGGAUUGUUUAUAAAACCAGGAAUGAAAGCCAAGAAGUCACUUUUCAUGCGCAAUCUGUACCAUGCCUUUGUUAGAGCCAAAGAAGUCAUGAUGCAGCUGGGAGACUGAGAAAAGUAACAGUAGAGUUGUUUGCUUGUAGAAAAAAAAACAUGCAUUUCAAUUGAAAAGGUUAAAAAAAAAAAAAGAAAAGUCAUAGACACAAAUUGAUUUUUUUCUACAUUAAAAACAAAGAAGAACAAAAAUAUUUUUUCACAAAGCUGCCUCAUCACAUAAGUGACAAACUAGAACUUCUGGUCACAUCAUCAUACUUUGUUUUUUCUUGAUUGGCCAAAGUGAAUGCCAAAUUUGGUCAGAGCUAACCAAACUUACAUGUCAUCUCAUAGAGCAUUCAAAUCAACAAUGAAGCCCUUCAUCUGGCCUUAUUCUCAACCUCUGCUUUUAAUGAAGACCCCUUCCUCCCCCUCCACAUGCUACCCUCUACCCAUAACCCCUAACUCCACAUCCUCCCCCUCCCCCAGACCCAGCUCACCCUAUCCUUUAACACAUUUGGCAACGAGAACAACCAGCAGGAACCAGAGAGCUACUGGACAUCCCCUGCCCAACCAGUCACACCAAAAUUACAUGUACAAGUACAUGCAGUGAGGCUGUCAAACAACCAAUCAGAGGACUCUGAAAAUCGCUUUCUGCAGAGGGACCUCUGGUUGCUUCAGCUGCCUUUUUUUUAAAAUACACAGAUCUAAUUGGGCGUCCAUGUGACUGUUGUUAGCGAUAGGUUACACCUGGUUGUUGUCACUUGUUGUUCCUCCUGUUUCUUUGUCUCCCUUUCUCUCUUAAUCUCAUUCUCCUUUAUUACUCACUCUUCUUGGUCUGGUUGCCUUGUCUUCUAGUUUGAGCUUCUCCCCCUCACCUCAGACCCUCCUCACCUCUUCCUAAGCCCCACAUGUGCAGCACUGUGCAGCACACACCCCACCCCCCUUGUACCUCCACUACUCACCUCACCUUGGCCCUGGUUUGGCUGGGCCGCACUGGAGGGUCAACACACUCUCUCCUGCUUGUCCAGGAUCUUUCUGCAUCAGGGACUCAGACAGAAACCACACACUCACAGUGCUGUGGCUUUAGGAGGAAAAUAUUUGUUAAGCUUCUGCCAGUGUCAGCACUUUGGAUCAUGCAAUCUGACCACCUGAUCUGCCAACAGUCCCCUCCGGAGGCAGAUUAUUACACUUACUAUCUCCAAACAUUGUCCAUGUUAUUAAUACCCAUGGUCAUUUUAGUGCCGCCUUUGGGGAACCCAGGCAGAAGCUUAGCAAAUAUGCUGGCUGCCAUUUCACACAAGGCAUUACUGCUGUCAUGUCAUGGCAACACAUGCUGUAGUGCAUACAGCAGGCCAUGGCUUCUUGUUGCCUUCCACUCCCACAGGAUGUGAAACUGGGAGGCAACAUUUGGCCCAGAUACACCAAAUAUACUUUAAGUUCUGGGUCUGGGUGGGUUGUGGCCCACAGGUUGACUAGCUCUACUUAGUCAGGGCAUCACUUCAACCCUAGACAGACAAUGUAUUGCCCCUUUAAGUAUGUUUUAAAAAUGCCAGACGAGCAGGAAAAAGCAGGUCUGUGCCAUCAUCUGUUGGGUGGACUGAUUAUAAAUCAAUGUGAAGUCUCGUUCAAAUUAGAUAUGUAUAGUGUCUAAAAUGUGAUGUUGCUGCACGUAAGCAGACAUCAGUUCUUUAGGCCCCAGAUAGGAUUUGUAGUUGUCAUUUAUGCUGUAAGUAAGGGUUUAAUUGUAAACUUUGGGAUGGGAAAUGGUAAGAUAAAGUCUUUUUUUGGGGGGGUUGUGACACUUCUUAGAGUGUAGAUAUGCCAGUACUCCUAUGAAUGACUUCAUCCACUGGGUAUAAGCAGUAGGAGAAGUGAGGGUGGCCAAGUAAUGCAAAGGGAAACAAGAGAAUUAAAUCCUGCUGUAUUGAUUAUUACAAUGUCUAUGUUCAUCAAUAGAGUUACCAUCUUUGUUUAAACUGAAGACAGAAAAUUGUAGGUCAAAAUAAUAAAUAAACGAAUAGAGAAGAACAUGAAUAGAGAGAUGACACUUAAAGGAGAUUCUGGAGAGCUUUUAUUGCUCCUGCUGGUUGAGUGUUGACCACAGAUGCAUCAUGGAGGCCAACACCAAAUCAACACCAGUGAGCAAGGACCCUAGCUUCAAAUGAACACAUUGCACUGCUUAACAUGCAAUGAUAAUGGGCUGCUCUGACUACUGUACAGACUUUGUUGUCCUUCUUUAAAAGCUGCUUUGAAAUCUUAGUCCUGCUCACAUUGUACAGGAAUCAUCCAUCUAUCCAGUUUAUUUUACACCACAGUUAAUGAAUUCAUAAUAAUGUGGAGAGUUUCACUUUAAAGCUAUCAAAGUCCUUAUUGUGCAGCUGGGUAUAACUUUGAAUCCAAAUCAGUAAGAGCAGACCAGGACCAAAGCUGUUUGAGCACGAGAGCAUAUUUAUCAGACACUCAUAAAGACGUAGUUAAAUGUGAUAAUCAUUGUCAAAGCUUCAACUAUUACUUCUAUAGCUGUUAUCUCUCUAUCCACACAUCCCUCUAUUUGUUCAUUUAUUGAUUUGAGCGGUUCUUGAGAUUGCACAAUGCCAUGUAACACGCAUGUUCUGUAACUGCCGAUGCACAUUAUGCAUUUUUGAAAGCCAUUUUCCCUCUUUCUGAGAAUGCUUUCCACACAGCAUGGUCCAAUUUCUUUAGAUACUGAAUUUUUGAAAGCGAUGCAAUUGUACCUCCGAUUUAGGGCCAUUCUCUCAGUGAGUGCAAUGAAAUUAUUGCAGGGGGAAAAAAAUCAGAACUCUAGUUCUGUAUAAAUUUUUUUCAUCUGCAUCAAGAUUUGAUUUUUGAAAAAGGAAAGCUCCUUUUAGUCUUUUAUACUUGACACUAUGCUUUAGUAGCAUGGAUAGUAUAUUUAAAAGGAGUCAGCCUGUGACAGUCAUGCACACACUGAGAGAAUCCUGCUCUACAGCUUCUCCCUAUCUGGUUGUUAUGAGGAGGGAAUAUGGCUCCACAAAACCAGUCUGCCAAAGACAUGCAUGUUCAGCUGUCUGCCUGAGAGCUGCUGGUCGGCCUGCGUAACACUGGUAGUGAGCGGUUCACUAUGUGUUGAGCUUAUGAUGGCUUAUUUAAAACUACAGGAUAUUUGAUUAAGUUGAUUAAGAUGGGCUAAGGGUUUGGGGUGGUGGUGGGAAGUAUUAUACUUAGAGAGACUUUAAUUUUGCACUGCCAUUCUGCCGUUAUAAUGUUUGUAGUAGUUACGGAAAAAGAUCAGUAAGAUUACAAGAAUAUUGACUGUCUACGGUUGGGGUGGAAAGGGACAGCACUUCAUGGUGGUAUGGCAAACACUCUUACAAAUUUUUCACCUGUCCUCUAAAGCUUUAUGAGCCACACAUCUAGAAAAAAUAUGCAUACAUUUUUACCCAAAUAGCAUGUAUUAUAAUUUUUAUGUUUUUUAAGACCUCCUUUUAUCAGUAAGUGUGUCUUUCAAUUAAAAAAAAAAGUUUUUCUUAAAAUCUGGAUCAAUAUAUCAAUAUAUCAAUAUCAAUAGGAACAUUUAACAAGCAUUAGGAAGCUAAGUUUGAGUGCAUAUGCCUGAGUGAGUGGUGUGAAUGUACAUGUUACAUAUUUGUGUCUGCACCUAUCACCUUAAAUGAUUUGCUAAGUAUGCAGUUGCUUCAAUACUGCAAUAAAUAAAAUGACAGUUUAUUUUUUCCUUUGGGACAAUUAUUUAAUCAUGUUUUUGUUGUUUUACAGUACAAAAGUAUAGUGUUUUUAAAAUCAUCACUAUAAUGCUAGCUGUCUAUUUGAUUAUUUCAGAGUAAUCAUCUAUGUGUCAUACAUUUUACAUUAUAGAGAUUCUGUUUCAUAGAUCUUUAUGGUUGCAUUUGCCUUAAUAGGUGUGUGUGUGUGUGUGUGUGUGUGUGUGUGUGUGUGUGUGUGUGUGUGUGUGUGUGUGCAGGCAUAUGAGCAUCUCUAGCUGCAUGCUUGAAAAGAUCAAAGAGCAUCUCAGAGUCACAUCAGUGCUGCUCUAAUUAGACUGAUACAGCUCUCCUUCCCGUUAAUACACACUUCAGAGUGAGCAUCACAGUGGUGGGCGGUGCUUAUUUUAACUGCAUUAAAUCAUAAAAGGAUUGAACCGCCGCUUUUAACACCACCUUUAACAACAGGCUGGAUAGCUUUUCUAAGUGCUGAGUGUAAAGCCAUAACAGUAUGCAGUGUCUUAUCAGGGGAGGGUGAAUGAGCUGUGUCUGUUUCCUGGUUCUUACUCUGUCAUAUCCUGUCUCCCCUGGUCUGGUCUAGGUGGUAGUCAACGCCUUGGUGGGUGCCAUCCCUUCCAUUAUGAAUGUGUUGCUGGUUUGCCUCAUCUUUUGGCUGAUUUUCAGUAUCAUGGGGGUCAACUUGUUUGCGGGCAAAUACUACUACUGUUUCAAUGAGACAUCAGAAGAAUACUUCUCUGUGGAUGUGGUUGACAACAAGACCCAGUGUGAAGCUCUCAUCCUGCAAAACUUUACUGAGGUCAGGUGGAAGAACGUCAAGAUCAACUUUGACAAUGUGGGCGCCGGCUACCUGGCCCUGCUGCAAGUGGUGAGAGAGUCGUCUCUUCUCUUUCUGACUCACUUUGUUUCAUGAAAACUCGGUUGGUUUUCUCAUUUUCCUUAACACUUCAUUUUUUUCUAUUUCUGUGCUUCACCUGAGGGCCUGUUGUUCCUUUAAACCCCAUUGAUUUUCACAGUGCACCGAAGCUGUCUGCUGCUCAUAUCCCAUGUGUAUAUUUGUUGUUUCUCUAUUUACUUUUCUUCAUCUACAUGUUUCUUUUCAUGCACAAGCUGUACCACAGGACAUGCAUCAGUUUCGGUUUGAGUUUGAGUUUCUUUGAUUUCAAUUUGUCACAUGCCCUGUCUGUUGUUUUGACUACUACACAUGUAUUUAUUCAUAUUUCUCUGUGUGAAAGGCAACAUUCAAAGGCUGGAUGGACAUUAUGUAUGCGGCAGUGGAUUCCAGAGAGGUAAAAUUUAGCAGAAAUUUAAAGAAAAUGAUUGUUACCCAGCCAAGCAAGCUAAUCUCUGUGCCAAGCUAUGUUGGCCAGGUGCAGACUGUAUUCUCAGAUUUGCAGAUAUAAGAGUAAAUUUGAUCUUUUCAUCCCAUUCUUGGAAAUUCUGGAAAUUAAAUCCAAAAAUGUGUUAUUAUUUUUUUUGCAUUGGUUAAUAAAAUAUUAAUCUCAACAUCAUUCUUCCCUUCAAGGUGGAAGACCAGCCUGACUACGAAGUCAACAUCUACAUGUACAUCUACUUUGUUGUUUUCAUCAUAUUUGGCUCCUUCUUCACCCUUAACCUCUUCAUUGGUGUGAUCAUCGACAACUUCAACCAGCAGAAGAAAAAGAUAAGACUUCUUAUUUACUAGUUUGCUUGAAGAAUUUCAAUGAUAACGUCAGAAUGUGAUUAUAACCAAAUCUGUAUUUAUGCCUUUACUUUGGAGGUCAAGAUAUCUUCAUGACAGAGGAACAGAAAAAGUACUACAAUGCCAUGAAAAAACUGGGGUCCAAGAAGCCACAAAAGCCUAUCCCUAGGCCUCAGGUACAUUUGAUUUUCCACUUGUUACCCUUAAGUUACCGUUAAGAUUAUUUGAAAUGAAUGCCUUUGAUUGAGCCUUCGGUAAAUCUUGUGUCUUCUUCCUCUACAGAACAAGAUCCAGGGCAUGGUGUUUGAUUUUGUGACGCAGCAGGUCUUUGACAUCUCCAUUAUGAUACUCAUCUGCCUAAACAUGGUCACCAUGAUGGUGGAAACAGACGAUCAGUCUGAUGAAACUGAGCAUGUUCUCUACUGGGUCAACUUCAUCUUUAUCGUGGUCUUCACCACAGAGUUCUUGCUGAAGCUCUUUGCUCUUCGUCACUAUUACUUUACCAAUGGAUGGAAUAUCUUUGAUGUGGUUGUGGUCAUCUUGUCUAUUGUUGGUGAGUGUGGGAGGUCAAAACCACCCCUAAGUAGACAGUCACACUCAAGACCAGCCGUGUUCUGAUUGUUUCUGUUCUGUCUUUCUUUUCUCCCCUCCUCUUUCCUCUCAGGUAUGUUCCUGGCUGACCUCAUUGAGAAAUACUUCGUGUCACCAACCCUGUUCAGGGUGAUCAGGCUGGCUCGUAUCGGUCGUAUCCUCCGUCUAAUCAAGGGAGCUAAAGGCAUUCGGACUUUACUCUUUGCUCUGAUGAUGUCACUGCCAGCCUUGUUCAACAUCGGCCUGCUGCUCUUCCUGGUUAUGUUCAUCUUUUCUAUCUUUGGCAUGUCCAACUUUGGAUAUGUUAAACAUGGAGCAGGAAUUGACGACCUGUACAAUUUUGAGACCUUUGGCAACAGCAUGAUCAUUCUGUUCAUGAUCACCACGUCAGCCGGAUGGGACGGCCUGCUGCUGCCGAUCCUCAACUACCCACCAGACUGCGACCCCAAUUUGGAGAACCCUGGUACAUCUGUGAAAGGCGACUGUGGGAACCCCUCAGUGGGAAUCUUCUUUUUUGUCAUGUACAUCAUUAUUUCUUUCCUGAUUGUUGUCAACAUGUACAUUGCCAUCAUUUUGGAGAACUUCAGCGUGGCCACAGAGGAAAGUGCCGACCCGCUCAGUGAGGAUGACUUUGAGACCUUCUAUGAGAUUUGGGAGAAGUUCGACCCCACGGCCUCUCAGUUUAUCACUUUUGCCAAGCUGUCGGACUUUGCAGACGCACUGGAGCACCCACUUCGUGUGCCAAAGCCCAACACUAUAGAACUAAUCGCCAUGGACAUGCCCAUGGUGAGUGGCGAUCGCAUUCACUGCCUGGACAUCCUAUUUGCCUUCACAAAGCGAGUGCUGGGUGACAGUGGCGAGUUGGACAUGCUGAGGCAACAGAUGGAGGAGCGUUUUGUGGCAGCCAACCCCUCCAAGGUUUCAUACGAGCCCAUCACCACCACUCUCCGCCGCAAACAGGAGGAUGUCUCUGCCAGAAUUAUCCAGAAUGCCUACCGCGCCCACCUCAUCAGGCGAGGCAUCAUCUUCAAGCGCCACACUUUUACUAACAAUAAGCUCGAGAACGGUGGGACCAACCAAGAGAAGAAGGAGAGCACACCAUCCACUGCCUCUCUCCCUUCUUACGACAGCGUGACCAAACCCGACAAGGAGAAGCAGGAUGACAACAAAGAGGAAUGGGCAAGGAAAGAGAAGGAUAAAAACCAAAAAGAUGAGUGGGAAUCAAAGUGUUAGGAUUGAUUGACUCAAAAUCCGGGAAAACACAGCGAGCUGAGACUCUGAGCCCACACCCAACAAAUGUAGAAAAAGUGAUCAUUUGCAAUUAACAGAAAACAAACAACAAAAACAUCCAAAAAAUGUUUACAGACUCAAGUACUACUGAGGCAGUGUGGUUUGUUAUGUCGUCAGAGACAGCUGAACCAAACACAGUCAGUUUACCACGGAACUCUGCUGCAUAGUGACCAAGUUCAUAGAAAUGAAGAAAAAAUGCAAAUUAAAAAAACAGUAACUCACAGUGUGACGGCCGAUGGCACACGUUUCUUUCGGGACCAACUUCCAAGGUGUAGAAAUCUCUGCAGAUGAUUGGAGUAUUGCAAAAUCCCUGCCACCACCAAGUGUGGACCCCCAUCCCGCAGCAAAACUGCCAAUGCUACGGGACCGGAUCAUACAGAUCCCGCUAGAACUGUGGUAGCAGUCUACAGGAGCGUCUGUAACACUGAGUUUACCGUCUUUGUCAAGAAGAAAACAAUAAUCAAACAAGCAAGUUUAGCCAGGAGAGAAACACUAUGAGGGAGGGGUAAACCCAGAAGAGUAGACAAAGAUUUCCUUUUUGUUUGUUUGUGCUGAGUAUACUUGCAUCUUUACAUUAUUUGAGCAGCAAAAAAGAUAACAUUUAGCCCAUGUCACUGGUCUUCUCAUCUCCUCUUUGUUAUACUGACAUUGAAAAAGACAUUUUCUACAUGGGCUUUCACACUGGCCGGGUAGGGGUCAUUAGUCAUUGUUUUGACUUGGGCUGAAGGAGACUUGCUCAGACCGAGUUCCAGAUAAAUAAUUAUUGUGCUCGUUCAAUGCAUAGAAAUGACUUGCAUGAAGGCAUGUUUUGAUCAGGAAUCAUGCAUGAGUAAUCAUAGUCCACAAGACACUAAUUCUCAGACCACUGCAGUGGCUUGAUUAUAGUUUGAGGUUGUCUAUGGGGGAAACAACGAGGUGACUAUACCUAGAAAAUGAAGACUUUGGAUAGUGAUAGAUAGAAUACUGGGGGAAUGAUAGUUGUAUGAUCUUGCCCUUCACUAGUUUUGCUUUUCAUCUGGCAGAUCUUUAAUUCAGCCCUUCAUUUAAGUUUCAGUUAAAUGGAGGAUGUAAGCACUCAGAGGCAAAGUCUCAGUUGGAUCAGCCAACAACACAAACUAUAAAUAGUCUUUUUGCUGCUCUGAAUGUUAGAAGUGUAGAAAGAGUGUGACGUGUUUGACAAGUAUGAAGCAUAAUAUCCUCAUGUUGAGGUUGCAAAGAUUUGGAGGACUGUGUUAGUUGUCUUGACAAAUCUGGGGCUUUCAUAUCUUUGUUUACUUACAUUCAACAAACUAUCAUUUUUCAUACUUACCCGCGAUCUCUGUCACGACAACGAGAGCAGGUGAUAGUUCAUGCCAAGGAAUUCAUAUCUGGCACCAGAAAAAGUCUGGUGUGCUUGUGUCAAAAGGAAGUACUUCUACUGCCGUAGUCCCCGCAGAAGGGGCAGAGAUGUGGUUUUAUUUAAUUUUUGAUAGAACUUCUGUUGUUUUUGGGGCAUGUGGAAAAGCUGAAAACUGCAUUUAGGUCGAAACAUUAGACAGCACUCUUAUUGAUUCAUGCAUUUCAUAUGUCUCUUUUUUACUCUGUCAGACCCAUGUCAGAAUUUCCUGGUGAAUGAUGUCUUAGGUAGUGCUUUUUGGACAAUUUGAGUUGCCAGCUUUAGAAAAAAAAGCCUUGGAGUCCUUCUCUGAUGUCCUUGUGAUGCAAUCAUUCUCAGAAAAGGCUUUGAUCAGUGUGAGCGACACUGUCCAUAUGACACAGCAAAGUUAGCAGAGAAUUCUCACAAGGACUUGCCUCGUCGUGCCUCGCAUGUAUGGAAGGUUGGUGGCCAUGAAGGGCUUGUGGUUUUGGAGCGUAGAAACAAAUGGAUUUUGUCUGACAUUUCAGGGAGGUGGAUGGGUAAUAAAAAAAACAGCAUAAAUGUGGACCAAUAAAUAUGUAGAGCCCCUCCUUUCAGGGUUUUAGACUGACUGCCAUGAGAACAAGAAAGAAAUGGAAGAGCAGAAGAGGAGAGUAGUGCUUUGGUCUGAGUCAGAGUGCUGAAAGUCCCAUGUUUGUCAGUGUAUCAUUGUGCUUUUGUGGGACCUCUUGAACACUGUGUGGUGUUGGACCCAGCCUCGCACCAUCUUUUCACGUACUUGCAGGCUUUCAAAUAUGAUCACCCGCUUCGAAAAAAAAAAAAAAAAUCAAAAGCCAGAGACCGAGGUAGAAAUGUGAACACUUGACCAGAUAAAACAUCAGCAGGCCUCACAUUGAUGCAGCUAUGUUGUAUAUUAAGCUUUGUGGGUGUUUUUCAUAAAAGAAAAAAAAAAAAUCUAAAACUUGAGGCUUCGUCAAGUGGUAGACAAGAUACAACUGCCUCUUUAUGUACUCCUGCCAUUUUUUUUCUACACAGGAGUGAUGGUCCUAUUUCUGGGCGGAUGACUGGACAAAAACAUCUGGCAUCCGUCUUCACACCACUAAUGCCAUUUGGUGUGUUUAACACUGCCUGUACCAGAAGCCCCUGUCUGUAACAAUGACUGAGGUCUGUUUACAAUAUGAGGUCUCCGAAUCAGUUUGGCUGCUGCACACUGAAACCAAAUACAUUCCCAAUGAGAACCACAGGAGGAGUGAGUAAUGUCAUUCAAUUUACCCAUGUUCAUCUUGGAUGUAAUGUUUUAGAAUGAUACAUUCACACUUGAAAAAAGAAAACAAGCAAAAAAAGACAAAAAAGAAAACACAAAAACAUAUAUAUGUACAGUGCAGGCUAUGAUGUAAAUGGCACAAUCGCUGAAAAGAACGAACUUUUUGAGAGAAACUAUAAAUAUUGUAUUAUAUUCUUUUAUUUUAUUGGCAUGCUUUGUUGUGUUUUUUGUAAAUACAGGAUUUUAAAAAUGUUACUACUAAUAAUCAAAAGAUGAAUAAUAACAAUAAUAUAGAAUGGCUUCCAGCUAUGCCCUUUGUCACAUUUGUUACCUUUUGGAUUUUUUGAGACACUUUUCACUUUGUUGACGGAAAUUGAAUGAAAUAUAGAUAUUAUAUAAUACAAAAAAUAUAUACAUGUAUACAUAUAUGUCUAUAUGUAUAUACAUAAAACAGAAGAACACUGUUUGUCACAUUUGAUUUAUGUGCAACACGUUCAGUGGAUGUCUAAAAAACUGGUUGUUUCCAGCACCCUUCUAUGUUGGGGAAUAGCUCAUGUGCGAUGUUACUGGAGCUGCUUGCCAUGGAUUGUAGCCUGAUCAUGAUGAAAGGAUAAUGUUACCAGCACAUUUCUCACUAACUGUCAUAUCUCUCACCGUCACUGAGUAUACAGGACACACCCACAGUCACGGACACAAACACACAGGUGACUCUCCUCACUGCCCACCUCCUGUACCAGUGAUCUCUUUUCCCGAGGACGUCAGCUGGUGUGACUGACUGCCUCUCCCACCCUGAGACGGCACCCACCCCAGGGUCUUUUUUCCAUUCCCACACAUCAGUGCCAUUACAGUUCAACAUGCAUACGGUCAUGUACUGGCUUCUCAUCCUCACGUUAAUUUUGUUGAAUAGUUUGUUUCUAGUGUUCCACUCGAUGGCAUGUGCCUUUUUUCUGCUUUUUCUGCAAAUUUGGAUGUUGAUGCCACACUGAAAAAUAACACAAAAAAAUCACAAAAAAAGAGAACAGAAACAAAAAAAAAUUGUAUCUAAACUGUGGAGGGUGGGAGUUUGGGGGGUGAGCACAACAUUAAUCAGGGAUGACAAGUUAGAAAUACUGCCGGAGGUUCAUCCAGACAACCCACUUCAUGUUAAUAUUCAACAGUGUGUGAUGUUAACAGAAAACAGCUAACUCAAAAAAACGUCCUGUUCUUAGUGCUAUGUGUGUCACCCACUUGGCUUGUGAAAAAGCAGCUUGCCUUCUAUAUUUCUGUUUGAUUUCUUUAAUAUUUCUGUUUCCAUCUGAAAUUUAUUUUUGUAUCAAUAUUUGAUUAUAGGACUCAUUCUUUUUUAGCAUGGUUUAUUAUGAGCGUAUUUUCUUUUCGCUGACAAAUUAAAAAGUGCUUUUCAAACUGUUGUUAUCAUUUGACACCGUAAUAAAAGAGGAUAUACCGUACAAUAUGAUGGUGUGUUGCACAACCACUUGGACUCUUGGUAAGAAUAUAUGAAAGAUUGUCUUCAUUUGAGCACGAACCUUUUUAUUACCAAUAAAGCAGCCUUCCAGUUACAGCCAUA